UUCCUUCAGGCAUCACUGUCAGUGAAACUGCACCAUGGAGCUUUAAUGCCUUUAAUUGCUUUGGGGUGAGUUGAGGCUUGAGUGUUGUCCUAGCUUUGUACGUGGCGGCUUGUUCCAAUGUAAAACUGUAUGAAUUUGCCAUACAUGUAUGUGUAUGGCAUAAUAUUACAUAUAUUUCAGGAUUGUUGUGGCAUGCGGCGAUUACCCAUUUUAAUAUUUAGGCUAAUGACUAAUAGCACAUUAAAAGUUCACGCUAUUUAAAUUUUAUUGGUGGAUAAUUUUUAACUCAUGUAUGUUCUUAAGUUUCAUUAUUGUACUCACAGUUUAAGGCUAAGUUUAUACAGCACCAGACAAAUUUUUUUUUUUCGUGGUUGAAAAUUAUUUUGUGCUGUUAGGUGUUCUUUUUAUGUGGAACCUGACCUUUAUUUAACCAUGAAUGUUUAGACACCUAGCCGUUCAGAGUUCGAAGUGAAUGGAGAGAUUAAUACAGUCUAUCAUUAUUUUAUUAGUGAAGAGUAAUCAGGAGAGAGGAGGGGGGCUUAUUUACUUUCUUUCGCUGAAAAGGGGGCUCUUAUCAGAGGGAAGGGGCUUAAUAUUUGAGAGGUGGGGCUUAAUAGGGGAUUUAUGUGAGCCUAAAGUAAUAAUUUUGUAAUGUACUUAUUAUUUUUCUCCUGAAAAAUCUUCCUUUGUUCUUGCAGGACGUGGAAAUCUAAAAAAGGUGAAGUUGGUAAAGCAGUGAAGCUUGCACUGCAGUAUGGCUACAAGCAUAUUGAUUGUGCCCAUGUGUAUCAAAAUGAAGAUGAAAUUGGUGACACGCUAACUGAAGUAUUUAAAGAGGGAAAAGUUCAACGUCAAGAUGUCUUUAUUACCUCAAAACUAUGGUAAAUAUCUUGCAUGUCUUUUUACUAGUAAUACUUGUUGUGUACAGUAUAAUGACAAUUUAUAAUGACAAUUUCCAUGGGAGGUUUGUCUUAAAUCUACAGUUAGCUAAGUGAAAUAAUAAUAUUAGGAGCUAUUAGUUUCUCCUUUCUCGCUUCUUGAAGGAGUGUUUGGAAAAAAGUGCUAGCCCAGUUGACUUCUGGAAAACUAUAUUCUCCUUGUACAUGUAAAUGUAAAUGUUUACUUGAAUUUGGAACAUUAAAUACAUGUUGAUACUACUGAUUUAAUUUUUCUUUGCAGCUCUUAGUUUGCAAUAUUUAUGGAUUUGAAGCCAAAAAUCCUUGAAAUGUAGCUUAAGCUUGUGGUCUAUUGAAGAGGCUAAAUACCAUUAUUGUAGUUAGCUUAUGGAUACAGCUGUUUCUUCUCCCUCCUCACAGGGAUGUUUUGUGAGAGGGACGUCUGUGUCGGAAUGACAGAAAUGUGCCUAUACUGAUGAUGUAAAAAUUAAUGUGUCCAGAAUCUGAUCAUGAGCUCUAGAUCUGAUUGACCAACAUAGUAAUAAUUUAUUGUAUUUUUUUUGUUGGCUAUUGUUUACUUUUAUGAAUGACAGGCAAAAGGCAAAAGGUCAUAUUAAAGCUCAUAAAUCUACUUCAAAACAUUCUUUUUUCCGGGAUAUAUUCUUCUUUAUCAAACUUCUUCCUGUUUAUGCUUUAACUGUGAACAGGUGUAACAGUCAUGCCCCAGAGGAUGUGCUCACUGCCUGCCAAACUACCCUGAAAAACCUCCAGCUGGAUUACCUUGAUCUAUAUCUUGUAAGUUGUCAUGUCAUUGUUCGUGAGCUGCUCAGGUUUACUCAGAAUUAUUGAGGCUAACACCUUUAAAGAAAGACACUUGUUAGCCCACAAGUAACAAUAUUUGCUAACUCCACUGUACAUGUACACCUGGAAGGAUGGGGGGAAGGGGAGGGGAAGGUACUGUAACCCCCAUAACAUAAGUUUCAUGUUUUUUUAACAAACUAUUAAUGGUGAAAAAAAUGCAUGAUGACACAUGAAAAGUAAUUUUGCCGGUCAACUUGCCAGCAUGGUUAUAUUUCAAAACCUGUAGAAGUUAAUGCUGAAAAUUCCAUGACUUCGUUGGCACUUUUUUGUCUAAAAUCCUUGUGUUAGCCCCUAGAUUAUUUUCCUUUUAUUGUUAAUUCUUCCCAUCUGUGGCAUGUUAUCACAUCCACCCAAGUGAAUGCUUUAUAAGCAGCAUUUUUGUUUCUCAAGUUUUAGUAGCGAUACUUCAAUUGCAUUCUAAAUUUAAUUUAAUAGAUAAUUAAAGUUAAUUCAGUGUUUCCAAAAGAGUGUUAUUAGACUAUGGAGAUAAUAAUAAUGCUUGCCUGUUUUUCUCUCAAUAGAUCCAUAUACCUCUUGCAUUUAAAAAAGAUGUAAGUUUUCCUCAUUGUGUAGCUGAUGGGGUCAUUGGUUACUCACCUGAACGGAUCGCCCAAACCUGGCAGGUACUUAAGUGUACUGACAUGUAACCAUUAAACUUCAAAGAGUAUAGAAAUAGCAAAUAGUACGGUGCAAAAAAAUUAUACUAUAGAACUGCACACUGAGUUACUAUUUAAAGAUUAGACAAACAAAAUAAUUGAAAUUAUCAUUAGUGAAUUCCUCACUUUUUUGUCUCUUGUCAUCAAAAUGUUAUGUGUGUCUGACUUUUGUCAUUAAAAUGAUGAAAUAACAAAAGUCAGACAAACAUUGCGAAUUAGUCUGUGUCACUCUGAUAUGCAUUGUGCUCUGGAAGGAGCUCUCUCAGUACUGUGUCCCAUGUUCACAUAUCAGAAAUGCGUGAGCGUGCAACAACGAAGAUCACUGAUACAGUGUAGGGGUUACACGUAACCUUUGCAUUCUCUGAGACUUAGUUAUGAACACACGUUCAGAUCUGAAUUUUGAAUCGUUGGAUUUUUCAUUUCAAUGAAAUCCCCCCGAACCUCUUACAGAACUGUUACAGGGAUUGAUGUAUGCGCUAGAUAGAACCUAAAGAAUUGUUGUGAUCUUCCAGGCCAUGGAGAAGCUUGUAGAACAAGGCCUUUGCAAAGCUAUUGGAAUCUCAAACUUUACGAUAAAGAAGACAAAUACCCUUCUAGAAACCGCCAAGAUAAUACCAGCUUGCAACCAAGGUACGUACACGUCUUAUAGGACUCUUGAACACGUUUAGCAGAGACACUUAUUAACUCCUUAAUUUCUUGCAGCUUUUCACACUCUAAAGCCUAGUCCAGACGUUGAGAUUUUGACAAGUGUUCAUGAAAAGUUUGACGUCUGGCUCUGAGUUAAGUUCGUAGAGUCUGAAUCGUCCAAAACAUUCUAUCCGUCUGCUUCAGACGGGUAGAACGUCUGAAGAUCGUCUCCGGUACAAACGUGGAUCUUCACAUGCAACGAACUAAACUAAUAAAUUAAAAAUUUGUAUAAUAAUGUAUAUUUAGACUCGUUUGGGAGAAAAUUUAUGAAAAUUGCUUUUUGGUCUGAUUCAGUUGUUUGGUUCGAUGCUUCCUAAGUUCCACGUCUGGCCCAACAGACGGUCGGUCUAAACUUAAUUUAGCUAGGUCGACCCAAAUUAGAGUUUGGUUCAUGUCAUGAAAAGUUCGACGUUUGGUGUUCUGAAUUUCACACUGGUAGUUCAUUCAUCUUUAGUUAAAAUGUCCCGACUCUUUAGGUCGUGGGGGUGGGGGUAGGGGGAGGGGCGUAAAAAUAUCAAAAUCUAGAGUCGCUGUUGCACAGCUCUGAAGAUGUAAUUAAAUCAUUGGGUUGUUUUUGUUUCGUUUCAUGUUCAACAGUGGAACUUCACCCAUACUUGCCUCAGCCACAGCUGUUAGAGUUCAGUACAAGCAAAGGUGAGUCAAAUUUAGGUUGGACAAGUUACUAAUUUAGAAGGUCUUAUUGAUAACUCUUCAUAAUUCUUGAGAAAGGUUUUCUUCCCUCACUGACACCGACGGCUUGGAAGAGAAAAUCCGAAUAUUUCCAACAGUAGUCGAACCUAAGACCUUUAGAUCCAGGUGCUCUACCACUGAGCUACAGGAGAGUCUACAGAAGUUCACUAUUUAAUGAGGCAUUAGGUCCGUUUGUAUGUAACAUACUUUAGAGCACAUCAUUCAGGCGUGGACCUAGCAUUAAUCAUAACUGUAACAAAAUGCUCAAAUCUGAUUGGCUAUCAACUGUCCUGAUUUCAGCACUAAUAGGACAGUACGCGUCAUGCCUAUGUAAUUGGACAGAACGCGUCAUCGCACGCGCACACUUAAAUGGCUUUUUUCCCUACUAGCAGAAAACUCUUUUAAUUUCUUGUGUUUUUUAUUUUCAAGAGGGCUAAAUCAUCACAAAUUUUGUCAUAGUUAUGAUUAAUUGGUAACAGAACUUCGUGUCGUUCAAUUCGGUCUGUAAUCAUACUCGUGAUUAAACAAAUCGGACGACCGCGUAUUUUGUUAAUCACUCGUAUGAUUGCAGACCGAACUGGACUCCACUUAGUCCUGUUACCAUUAUAAAAAGUGACCGAUUUCCUAAACAAGCACCGGAGGCACAAGCUUCUAGGGGAGGUCCAGGGGCAUGCACCGCCGGGAAAUGUUUUGGGAUUUUAACUCCCUUAAGUUACCUUCCAUGGGUUUCUUAGUCAUUCAGACAUGAAAUUGGCCAGAUUUUAACCUGGAAAGCGGUUACUAUUUUAUAAAAAAUCUGACCGAUUUUCGUAAAACGGUGGAAACCGGUGUGGAUCCGCGCCUGUCGUUAUUUAUGUUGCCAUAAAAAUUUAUACGUGAGACGACUUUAAACAGGUUUAAGGUGGCUAUGUCACGAGGAUAUUGCUGUUUAAGGUCAAGACUACUUAGCCCUUUGCUCAUACCCAAAAUCCUCCUCUUCUUUAUGAAGAAGAUAUGAAACACAUUUCAACAGCGGGAAAUAACCAUAAUAGUAGACUGUUCACAGUCCUCUAUUUUUCCGUAAGAUCGUCGAGAUCGAAGACUUUGCGUUACUGGCGGCCAUCUUGGAUGAGUCUACCAAUAUGGCGGUUCGUAACGCCGUGCGCUCGAUUCUGAUUCUGUAAACAGUCUACCAUAAUAAUAUUUCUGGUGAUUUUUGCAGACAUCGCAUUAAAAUAUGAAUAAGUUUGCCCAACUUUUUCAACUUUCAAUCCAUGUCCAUCCUUGCCAUCCGUAGGAAUAGAUGAUAGGAAACAGUUUGAACGCCUAUUGUGGUCUUAAACAACAAAACUGGACCAUUAUUUUUGAAAUUCAAUUGAUGCAAAGACACGUUUUUACUUUUUAAAAAGAUGGAAAAUAUCGUGACACAGCUCAUAAUGCAAGACCAAAUCACCUGACUGACAAUUGUAAUUAUUAAUAGAAACUAACAAAACUAUUUUGGUGGUAAAAUAGAUGUUCGCUGCUGUCUUCUAAAUCGUAUGACAUAAUUAUUAUGACCAGAAGGCGGAUAGUUUGUCGUUUUAUGUUCUUAUGGGAAUUCCUAUCAGAGAGACAUACAAUGGGUCACGGAGACUGCUUGAGAGAAGUCAGUUUUACGGUAUUGAAGUAAUUUAAGGGAGGCUAUGUCCCGCAAGUGGCUGCUUAAUAGGGAGUAAUAGCUUCUCUUCGUACCGGUUUGACCGUAUUGUAAAUGUGUAGCUAGAAAAUCGCUGCAAAUUUUCCCAACAAAAUUUUCUCUUUGUUUUAUUUCAGGGAUUGUAGUGACUGCCUAUUCUCCGCUCGGAUCACCUGAUAGGCCGUUUGCCAACAAAGACGAACCUAUUGUGUUAAAUAAUCCUCUGUUGAAGAAAAUUGCUGAUAAACACAAAACUACAAUCGCUUUGGUGAGCCGUCUUUACAUCUUUUAUAGACUGCUCACAGUCCUCUAUUCAUUUCUCGUAUGUUUACAUCAUGACGCGACCGUCAGAGUGGAGAGCGAUGGAUUUGGACGGGGUUGGGCGAGAGGGCCUUUUUUCGCUCUUCCGGCGUACUUCUUCACGCUCUCUAGCCUGUUCCAUGCUUCAAGAUUUAAUGUGCACAGAUUGUGAAAACUGAUGCGAAAACUGACGCGCAGGGUCUGGAGAGAGAGAAGGUGGUUGAGCUUCUCUCCUUCUUUUCCCGCCACCUUCUCCUCCCCCAAAUCACGCACGUCUUAUUUUCGCUUGGUUUGGUGACGUCACAGGCUACACACCCUCGUGCUUCCCGCUCACUUCGCUAUCGAGAAUUAUUCGUAAUGUCGCGUUCUGUGUUUCGCAUAUUUGCGUCAAGAAAGUAGCAAGGCUGUGAAAAGUAUAAAUCUUUGUACCUUCUCUAAGUGGAUGGCGUAGAUUACCAAGUUGAACCGAGUUUUAUGUUAUAAUCCUCUAAUAAUCUCCGCAUGUUUCUGAUUGGGUGCGGCGUUUAUCGGUAAUUUCGUCUGCACCUACGGCGAUUCGAGAGCGGCGUUUAAUCGAGUAAAUAGGCAUGUCGAAGUAGUUGUUGUAAAUAUCGCUUCAAUUUUUACCUACAGUACAGCAUACCUAAACAGAAGUUUCAAUAACAACUUACCUAUUUUAAAUUGUCUUCUGAACAAACUCCUAAAAAGUACCUUCUAAUACGGUUUUUACCUUUGAGCCGGUGUAUUUCCAACUAGGUGGUAUCGAAUUCGAAAAAUUCUCUCUCUAAGACGCUGAAUUGUCGUACGCACGGCAGACGUUCUUAGGGGUUCGUCACGCGUUCUUGCCCGACGUUGAGGUGGGGGGACGAGCGACGAAGCCCUAAGAACAUCUGUGUGGGAGGUUAGGCAUUACCUGACUUUACCCAAGAACACCUAUAAUUUUUUUUCCCGUUCGUUUCGCCCCCGUAUCCUGGGGAGAAAGGCUGCUUGCGACAAUUCACUAACCCCGAACACUCUUUCUGGUGGUUGUCCCGCUGAGAUUAUAACAAGUAAAGUUGAGCCAUGCAUUUUUUCCCUGUUUUAACAGGUCGCUCUGGCCUGGGGUAUUAAGCGUGGAACUCCAGUCCUUCCAAAAGCUGUCUCUGAGAAUCACAUCAAAGAGAACCUGGAAGCACUUAAUGUAAAACUAGAUGAUGAUGACAUGAAGGCCAUCGAAAACAUCGGGAUACGUCACCGAUAUCUGACUCAGACGUGGAUGUUCAAACCGGAGGAAGUUCCUGAAAAUUACUGGGAUGGCGAAGAGUGACAGCAAAAAAUUGUCUUUUUAAUGUAUAGCUGGAUAAAAAAUACAAGAAAAUUUCUGAAUGCAAUUAGAAGAACCGAUAAAGCUGUUUCGUCUAAAAUUGUAGCUGGCUAAUUUGAGGGAUGCAGACAAUUGAGAGCAAAGAUUUGGGAAAAAAAGCUGUCUCUGAGAAUCACAUCAAAGAGAACCUGGAGGCACUUAAUGUAAAACUAGAUGAUGAUGACAUGAAGGCCAUCGAAAACCUCGGGAUACGUCACCGGUAUCUGACUCAGAAGUGGAUGUACAAAACCCGAGGAGGUUCCUGAAAACUACUGGAAUGGCGAAGAGUGACAGCAGACAAUUGUCUUUUUAAUAUAUAGCUGGAUAACAAAUACAAAAAAAUUCACUGAAUGCAAUUAGAAGAACUGAUAAAGCUGUUCGUCUAAAAUUGUAGCUGGCUAAUUUGAGGGAUGCAGACAAUUGAGAGCAAAGAUUUGGGAAAAAAGCUGUCUCUGAGAAUCACAUCAAAGAGAACCUGGAGGCACUUAAUGUAAAACUAGAUGAUGAUGACAUGAAGGCCAUCGAAAACAUCGGGAUACGUUACCGGUAUCUGACUCAGAAGUGGAUGUACAAAACCCGAGUAUGUGCCUGAAAAUUACGGGGAUGGCGAAGAAUGACAGCAAAAAAUUGUCUUUUUAAUAUAUAGCUGGAUAACAAAUACAAAAAAAUUACUGAAUGCAAUUAGAAGAACUGAUAAAGCUGUUCGUCUAAAAUUGUAACUGGCUAGUUUGAGGGAUGCAGACAAGAUUGGGGAACGCGCGAAGAGAAAAUAAACCAUACGACCACCAGAGCACAUCCAGUGCGAUUUACUUGUUGACUUUUUGCUGUGCCUUUCUUCUAUAUACCUUGAUCAAAAUGGAGGCAGUGGUGGCAAAAAAUGGCUAACUACGUGAGUGAAAAAGGAAAGUAAUUUUGCCACCAUUUUCAGUGCAAUAAGGCGUAUUCUCCUUGUCUCGGAUACAAACUGAACUUUUUCGCUUAUUGCUUGCUUCCACUUGUGAACAGUCAAAAACGGCUAAGAAUUUCCGAUAAGUUCUCAGGGGAUAAAUCUCGUUCUUAUGUAGGCUAUAGAGACAAUGGGUAGGCCUGUCCCGAUGGUGCUCGACAACUUUUUGUUGCCCUCUGAGCAAUUUUUGAGCAAAAUAUACGUUUAGAGCACAUAACAAGCAACGAUUUCAUAGAAAAAUUCAAGUCAUGCGAAUUGCUUCCGAGAGUUACGAGAGGAUUGUAUUCCCUUGUAAACGAUUAUCAAUCUUUAAACACGUAACAACGUUUCGCUGGCCUAAAAAGGCAAUUGUUGCCGUAUGAAUAAUUAAUUAGUGCCCUUAAAAUUUCUCCCAUAAUUGCGAGCAUCUCUUAAAGCUAACUUUCUGGACCGAUGUUAGAAAUUAUUAUGAAGAAUGAAAAAAAAGGCUUUAAAUUGACGUUUAUAUAAAAAUAUGCAGAAAUUUCGAUAGCAACUUUUGCAAUUUAAGUAGUAACUUGUUGGAUUUUUGGCAAUUUUUUAACAAACGUUUUGGCAUUAGUAAGCAAUGUUCCAGCAUUUUCCGAGCACAAACCGGACUGGCCUAACAACGGGUUUGUAUACGUAUACGAACUGAAACAGGUUCUGCUUUUUCAUUGCCUCUGUAAGCUUGAAAAUCAGCCCUAUACUUCCAUAUUAACCACCUGCACAGCUAGCCUCAGGGGCACCCAACGGCAAUUUUCGGGAAAAUAUCUGUUCGGAAGACGAUUUGAGAACUAGAAUUUUCGGAACAUUUGUUGUAAAAUUUCUUGCUUGCCUGCCUCUCCUAGGAUUUUCGAACAUCUACAAAAUGGUAUAAUUACCCAUUUUAAACGGAUAUUUACCCUAAAAAAGGCCACCUAGAAUUUUCGGGAGUCUUUUCCUGGCUGAAAUUUUCGAAAAGUAAGUUUUGACCCCUCUAAUUUUCGGAUAACUAGACUUUCAGCUAGGAAAUCCGAACAGAUGAAAAGUUUUUAGGGGAUAAAAAUAUGCCUAUAUCUACCGUUUAAAUACUAAAAUACGCUCAACAAUGCUAUGUUAAGUGGUUUUGAACUAUAUCCUCGUUGGGUGCCCCUGUAGCCUGGGAAUACAUCCGUUUCUCCUCGCUCUUCGCCGCUGGGGACGUUAACGUCACCAGCGGCGAAGAGCGAUGAAACUAAUGGGAUGUAAAAAUAAAGAAAUGUGACCGAUUUCUGCUAUAUUAUAUAUUUAUUUACCGCACACAGAAAAGAAGGGGGGAAAAGCAACAACUACCUGCGAUAUAACUCCAACCCCGGUAUGACCAAUCGAUAAAAACCGAUAUCGGAAAACCGUUCGAUAAAUCGAUAUCAAUCGAUAAUUUUUAAUUAAUCGAUAUCGAUUUUAUCGAUCAAUCGAUAGAAAUCGAUACUCACAGUCUUCCGCGUAUUUAACGAUAUCGAUUUUAUCGAGUAAUCGAUAUUAACGGAGUAUCAAAAACCAUACAAAAUAAAAUAUAAAACUGCUUCUAUGUGGACAGCGUUUUAAUUUAAUAUAAAACAAUGAACAGAAACAUUAAGCAACCAAGGAUUUAUUUCAUUCAGUCAACACAUUAACUUCAUUCUUUGUUUUUUUUUUUGUUUCUUUGGUUCUGGAACCAUGUUUUAACCUAAAAGGAAAAAAAAAAAAAAAAGAAACCAAAUUUAUAUGUUUAUAUGUUUAUUGCAUGCAACCGUAUCCCGGUUAAUCAUUUUGACUCUUAUAUUCCCGGUAUAUUCUCGCAAGGUCUCUCGAUGAUUUUACUUUAUAUCUCCAGGAAAAAGCUUACUUGGUGUUGCUCUAAGUCAAAGUUCUCGGCCAACUUUUCCAUUAGCUGUGCCGUCGGACGGCAUUUACAAACAUGUUUUCUGAGCUUCUUAAUGUUGAGUUCCUUUCAAAUUUAUAUCAGUUAUUUUUGUUUCAUUACCUCUCUUCUGCUUUAGUUGCGGAGUUCAUCAUUUACUCCGUUUUACUUAUUUAUAGAAUGAUUUUAGCUCUGAUUUGUAGUAUGAUUUUUGCGGCGGCGAGGGUUUUGCUGACAAAACAUUUACUGGAGACAAUGUCUAGCAUUACAACUACGCAGCUUCGUACUUCGUAGUACAUGUAUUUGUAGGAUGUCAUUACGACAUUUAGCUUGAACAGUUUCUGAGUAAAUACAAAAAGCGGUUAUGUUAUGUUGCGUUUCCCCGUUGAAUCAUGCCAGGGAAUCGUGUUAAUAUUAUUUGAUUAUCAGUAUUCAUUCAAUUAUCGAUUUGUUAAAUAAAUCUUUAAAUUCGUCCUACUUGAUUCAUUGAAUCGUAAGAGUGUUUUUAUGGAAGAUUUGAUACAUUUUAGAAAUUCGAUAAAAUCGAUAACAUUAAUUUAAAAAUCGAUAAUUAUCGAUUACUCACAACGUGUCCUUUUAUCGAUUUUAAUCGAUUUCCGAUACAAUUUACUAAUUUUUAUCGAUUGUUAUCGAAUGUUAUCGAUUAUCGGUUUUAUCGAUUGCACAUGCCGGGCUCCAACAUAUGAGGACAUAAGGCCGCCGGCAACAAGAAACCCCCAAGAAACAUCGCAGGUCUUUACCGCCGGCAUGUCUACGAAGUUGAACUCGAGUCCAACUUCGCAGGCAUUCCGGCGGUAAAGACUGACAUGGCCUCUGUUGCCGGCGACUUCUGCUCUCAUAUCUCAUAUGUCGCAGGUAGCUCGGCAGCAUCUAGGCCUGGGCGGCAUCUGAGAACAAGAGGCGGGUACUGCUGGCGGGCGACAAAGGUGGCCCCGUCAACCGGCACCAGGGGAGGAGGGUGGGGCGACGAAAGCUUCUUUGACCAAUCGAGCCAAAUGAUCACCGAUACACGUGUAGAUGGAAAGAACGGGAAUUUAAACAGACGGACAUCAAAGCAUCAUGCCCGCUUCGGACACAUGAGAGUACGGAGGAAUCUAAAGGUUUAGAGUCACAUUCCGUGUUGCGCUACUUAUGUAUGCAGUGAGAACUUUUAAUUUUGUUUCAACUUCAUUAGCAUACAUUACCAUACCCUAAAACAAAGAAAAACAAAAAUGAGCUGAGAUGAAAAAAUUAACUUCAACAUAAAUAUGGAGCAUCAAUUGUGGCCGAUUCUUCAGAAACCCUUUAUUUGUGACAAGACAAGACAAUUAAGACAAGACAAUGUUUUAUUUGGAGUCUUAUACAGUCCUAUGUAUAUCGACUUUAUCCAGUCCUAUGUAUAUCGGUGUAGGGGGGGGGUGGGAGGGGUACUCGACCAAUAUUUGGGUGUAGGUGAGCCGCUGAGGGUUUGAAACCCAUACCCUGUUUAGGAUAACACCCUCAACUUUAGUACCCAGAUAGGACAACUCCCUCAGAUGGGGACAAGGUUAUAUCAAGCACACCUGUCAACUUGCACUUAUCUUAUUUAGACAAGGGUGCCAAGAACAAUAACAUUUAUAUUUAUUCCAGUAAAUCCUUUGGGUGAUGACGUACUAAAUAUCUGCAAACAUUUGCACGAAGACGAAAUCGAUCAUGCAUGAGACACCCCGUUUAUAAUUAGAACACACUCGCACAAAUCAUGCACACUGUUUAGGACAGUUGUUGAAUUUAUGGCUCAACAUAAACUAUUUCUGUUUUCUUAUAUAUUACGGUUGAUUUUUUUUUCACUUUUAAGUGGUAAGUUGCUGUUUAGUUUAGUGUGAGAAGAAUGGGUACUUUAUGAGAUUAUAAAAACCAAAGUGACCCUGAAGGAGUUUGUUGGACUUUGAAUUUAUAAGAGAAUGUAUGACAAUAAACAAAAUACGUCCUAAAUUCCAUUUUUUGACAAAAAUAGAAACGAGAAUGACUUACCUUGUGUUUUUGUUUUGUUAAGCUAAAACGGCCUGGAUAUACCCUACUUCAAUAAUUAUUAUUUAUUUAUCAGUAUUUUAGUUAUUCAUUUUGAUAUUUGGCAGGUACCACAAGGAAAUGAUUUGGUUGUUCCUUUUUAAUUUAGAUGAUAGAUAACUUUGUAGGUGAUAAUUAUUUGUAAUGCACUAAACUGGGGGCCUUUCUCUGCUACCAAAAGAAAAUCUUUAACUUUUAAAACAGAAGGGUCAAGGCUUCUUUGCUGAAUCAAGGCACUGUAUCGUGGAACACAGUGCUUUUGAGAAUUACCACCAAAGUAGCAGCUUUAUUUCCUGAAAGAAUGAUUAUAAUGGAAGCUUUAUUUAAUGCAUGGCUAAUUUCAAAUUUUCAGGUGACUUUCCACCCCAGGUAUAGAGGGUACAUAAAAGCACAUUGUGGAAGUGGACAAAGAGUAAGAGGAAAGUAAAACAGAGGAAGGAAUUAUGGGAAAAGGAAGAAAUGAAAAAAUGGUUGUAGAAUUGUAAACAAACAACUUUAUUUUUAUAAAAGUAAUAAACAAUUUUUUUUACACAUUUUAUCAAAUUCUUAGAGUGGUUUGUUUAUGGUUUUGAGAAUUUUAUUAACCAAAUGGUCAAGCUACCCAGACAUGCAACUGAGCAGCCAACUGCUUGGCCUCAAUGAAAAUUUUUUUUUUCCUGUUUUCUUUUUUCUUUUUUUCUUUUUUUUUUCAUUUUAUUUGCUAUUUCUCUUGAAGCCUUCUCCAAUUUUCUUCAUUUCUUCAUUUCUUUCUCCAACUGGUUUCUCUGUUCCUCACAAGCAUUUGACUGCAACACCCUCCGGAUCUCCAACUCCUCCUCCUGUUACAGCUGCAACAUGGAUAUACCUGCAUGAUCAUUUUUAUUCCAUUUUAAAUUUAUGAUAAGCUCACCAUACUGAGUGAAAAACAAAAAAUAGCCCAUAACCAGCUUAAUGCUGAAGGUCUUGUCUCAUCAGGAGCUCACAAGGCAAUCAAGGAAAUAGGUAAUAGGUCACAGGGAGGGGAAGGAAAACAUCUUCCCCCCCUCCCCCCUUGAGUGGAGGAAGGGGGAAGAAAAAGAAAAAUAAUUCAUCCCAGGAUCAACAGGAUCUAUUUCCACACUUUUCAACACCAUGAUGGUACCACUUGGCUGAGGACUGUUGUCAGAAAGUUCAGUGUGGAAUAGGGUAUGGAAGGUAGAGAGUUUUGGUGACAAUGAGGCUCCUAGGAUUUGAAAAAAACAAAACAAAAUACAAGUGCAAAAAAGGAACUAUAAAUAAUUUUGCAAAAAUCCUAAUAUUUAGGAUAAAUAAUUUGAAUUGAUACUAGAGUUUCUAGUAAAUGUGAAAAGAUAGCAGGUGAACAUGGGCGGGCUGGAAGAGGCCAGCAGUAGAUCUAGGGAGGUUCCCGGCUCUCCAUAUUUCUAGAUCAAAUUGAGGACAACAGUGCCGAGAAAAUUCUUUUCUAGAUUGAGCUCCUCCGUACCUUAAGGUCUGAAUGAGUGGUUCCUUCCCGCCACCUUAAGGUCUGGUGAGAAUCCUCCCCCCCCUGCUCCAUCCCUCUUCUUAACUGAAGGUUCCGAUCUGCCACUGUAGGCUCCAGGUCCUACAUCAGAGCUAUACAGAGACACUACACUAAUACAUAGUUAAUCGAGUGGAAUGGUUAUGAAACCCAUCAGACUCCUUUGUUAUAUGUUUUUGUGGACCUGAAAGUGCACAACGCUCAAAAGAAUUCCUAUCAUUUUGAUUGUAUUGACCAAUAAAAACGUUGCAUUAAUUUAUUCCGUAACAAUUUGCCAACGGAAAACAAAGGAUUGUGCACUUUCACGGUACUUCCAACAUAAACUGCAGCACUGUUGUUUUUAUCAUUGAUGUUUGCCACUUUUCAUAACCAGUCUCCUCAAAUGACUAUGACUAAUACAAUCUGCAGGACCAUUUUUUUUGAGAAACUUUCAGAGCAUAUGUCUGCCUGAGCUUGUAAUAAUGAUCACCAAGCUACAAGAAGUAUGACCUGAAGUAAAUUAGGGACCUGUCAUUUAUUAGAGGGGGGGGCAGGGCUGGUGCAAUUCUUUUUUCCCAGGUGAAUUUUUUUUAUGCCCUCCCCCAAUUUCCUGCAGGAAAAAAUGUAACCCUCCCCCUUGUAUGGCCCAAAAUAGUUAUAACCCUCCCCACGCUAAAAGGUAUGACAGGGAUUAUUAAAAGAGAUCAACUUUUUACCUUGUGAUGAAGGGAGGGGCCAAUACGACAUUCAGGAACAGGUAUCUAAGAUCACCUCAUGCACUGAAGCAAUGUUGAGCACGGACAAUCCUGGUGCCGCUGGAAAAUUUUACACGACCGACUAUGUUCUUGUCCCAGCUGAUUAGUUAAUACUGAGGGCGAACAUUAUGAAGCUCAGUGAGUUACUAGAGAACAUAUUAGAUAUGGAUAGACUCAUUAAAGCUCACCUUAACACCCUGUUUCACUCAAAGACUGGUAAUUUUAUACGAGGAGAAGAGUAUUCUAAAUCGUUUGAUGAAGCUGUUAUUACAAGGCUUGAUGAAGCUAAAAAAAGAGUAAACAGUGAAUUGAAAUAUCUUAAUGAGAAACUUGAUCAAUGCAAAGACAUGUUUUGCAGAGUGUUGCUGUUGAAAAACAAAUCAAGAAAAAGACAUACAUGUAGGGUUGUUGGGUAGUUCAGGUUGAUCAUUAUGAAAGUUUAAAAUGCUUAAAUAAUAUAUUUUAUUUGUUGAUUUAUUUUUAUUUUAAGUGAACAGCAAUGUUUGCUAAAAAUGGUAUGGCCCUCCCCAAAUCCCAGCUUAAAUUUUUGGUGACCCUCCCCUUUUUGGCUACAUAAAAUUUAAUGACCCUCCCCCCAACUGCACCAGCCCUCCCCCGCCUCUAAUAAAUGACAGGCCCCUUAUGUGUUUUUUACUAUUGUUAACACUUGGAAUCAACUAACCCAUAAAAUUACAAGAUGGUUAACUGACCUUAACUGUAUUUGUACCCUCUUUGUAAAAGUAACAAUCAUGUUUGUAUUGGGAAGUUCAGUAAUAAUAAUCCAGAUGGCCAAAACUUCCAUAUUUUGGCCAUUCUUAUUCUGAAGUAUCCACCUUAUUCUGAGCUAUCCAAACAGAUACUUUGCUAUGAAUAAGCUUUACACGGCAGUCACGGUAGUGGUACUUUAAUUAAACAGACAUUGUUUGCUCCUUGCACUAAAUUCUUACAAAAAGAACGUGAAAAACAACUAACCUCUAUGUAGGCUUUGAUCCAUAUUUUGGAGUAACCAUUCUCAUCUUCGCCUUUUCAGUCUUUGUAUACUUAGUCUUUCAACACCAACAAGGUCGUAAAGAGUCGGAGCGAUUUGCCGAAAAAUAAUUUUAUUCAGUUCCAGUCUCCGAGCGGAUACCUGAUUUUGGAGUAUCCAUUCUAGUCACGACCUUUUUCUGCCACUCCUAAAGACGGUGAUACGAUUGCGUGACUCUCGAUUUCGCUGAGUCACAGUGAUGGUGACAUUCGUUAGGGUCUGUUGGUCUACACAUUGUUCUCUAUUCUCAGAUCGCUUUAUUCAAACCCGCUGUUAUCACGAUGGUGAGUAAAAUUUUACACUGAGCUACAAUAUGUUUUUGGUGAGAGUGUAAAAUUUCCCGUCCCAUAUUAGCUGUCACAAAUCAGACAAAUGCUGUGUGUCAAUUUAAUUUGCACGCACGCUAGAAUCGUUUUCAAUUUUAUCAAAAUCAGCUCCUCCUGGAUAUGAAUUUUGGAUAUGAAUUAUUUCCAGUAGUUUCCAUAAAUAGCGGGGAGCUAGUAUUUACAGACAACCCAACAUUUCAUAUCCAGUCAGUUGAAGAAAACCAGAGAACGAAAUUAAGCCUUUGUUUAAAUUUAAGGUAAAUUCCGGGGGCACUUGGGUAUUUUUUGGGUGGGUAUGUGCCGCCCGGGACUCCAAAUUGGCACCCCGUUCUAAAAACAAAUUCCCCUAAAAUUGAUACCCCGUUCUAGAAAUGGGCCAAUUUUUUAUACUCCGUUCCAGAAAGUUUGUAAAUUGAAAUAGCCCUGUUUUUUUAAAAAGAUAUUUCUUUAUUUGUUCGACUUAUACAUCAAAUAAAUGCUUCUUCAUAAUCAGCAACAAUUUUAAGCAGAAGAUAAAGCCGUGAUCCACAAUUUUUUAUACCCCAUUGUAGAAAACGCCUCUGAAAUGGAUACCCCAUUCUAAAUCAAGAGCUUCAACAUCAAGACCCCGUUGGGCGGCACAUACCCGUAUAGGCAAUGUAUGGGAGUACCCCCCCCCCGGGGGGAAAUUGGAGCAAUAGGAAAAUUAAAACUGAAUUUAACAGAGGUGGGUCAAUUUAAAAAUCCUCUAGAGGCCAUGUCCUAUACAAGGUCAAAAACACAAGAAAUAACUCAAUAAAGCACACAUGACCUCCAGAUAAAAGAUAAGAUACCUUCAAGCGAUUUGCGUACGUCUGCUCAUGCAUUCAACUCUGAAAUUGGUUAUGGGGGAGGCCUUCCGAGGUGGGGGUAUACUGUUGCUUUGUUGGUCAUUUCUGAGACUGCUUGUCACCAGGUAGGUAAGGAACAAAUGUCACUGUCACACUUUGGGUAGGACAAAAAUAAUCCUGUAGGUAAUCAGCACAAAUUUUUGUGAUACUCAAUUUAGAAUAUAUACAAUGCCAGGAAAGAAUUAAUAUUGUAAGAAAACAUUCUAAAGAAAAUUAAUGACAGAAAAUCUUGGGAAUAUUAAAGGAAGAGAAGGGGCGAGGGGGAGUCUCGUCACGAGUUCACAAACAACAAUUUUGCAUUUCAUGACUCGUGAAACAAAUAGUGUAUUUGAUCUUGGCCACGUGUUUGGGUGAUCUCUGCAUGGCUAUACAUUCCCAAGAGGAGCCAGCAUUAGGCAGGUCUUAUAUAGUGAACUGUGAUGUUACAUCAAAAGACUCAAAAGUGAAGUUAGUCAAGCUGCCAAGCCAAUGCUAGUUAAGAUCGUUUGGCCAAAUUAAUGAUUUAAUAUCUUCAAUAUUCAUCUUCAGUGUGAGAUGUGUACAGUAUAGAGGAUUUUGGCAGUUCACGUUUCACGGAGUGUAUUUCAAUCAGAAUUCACAGAGCAGUUUUUCAGUACAUCCAGAAGCAUAUAACCCCAAAUUCGAAGUUAUAUGCUUCUGGUACAUCACAAUUCACGGACACCAAAAAUGGUCAAUCACGGCUUCACGAAAAUAUGCUUGCGCCCCCUCAAGGAAGAGAUUUUGUUACGUACUUCACUGUCGAAACAGCCAAAUGAAAAAGUGAACAGAUGUCGCUUUCAGUGCGUAAAAAAUGGAUUGUUGCCAUCACAAUUCUUUCCUCCUUUUCUGUCAAUUGACUUACUGCUUUCUGAGCUGAGGAUUGUUGCCAGUUUGAGGGGGGCUGUCUCGCCUGCUGCUCCCCUUGGGAGGCCUCUGUUAUAUACCUGCCAACUUUUUCCGAGAUAUAAGCGUGAGAUUUUUAUCCUGGGAGUGCUGGGAUUUUUGAAGACGACACGAUCAUUUCCGAAGAUUCCCGAAGAAGUCCGAAGUCUUCCGAAGACGUCCGAAGUCUCCCGAAGUCUGCCAAAGGCGGGCUCGCUCCCAGUGCUUUUCACUUCAAAAAUCAGAGAUCGCAAGGAAGGUAUUGCCAUUUAUUCAUUUUACACAUGGUUUUAGUUCCUUACAUGGGUCUGAGUUAACAUAUUUUUGGAAAUUGUGUCAAGCAGGACGGCAACAACUCACAUUUUUCAAUCAGGCGUGAAAAAUUGGCCCGCAGGCGUGAGCCGGCGUGAGAUCGAAGUUUUCAACCCGCAGGCGUGAGACUCACGCCUAAGGCGUGAGAGUUGGCAGGUAUACUGUUAGGGUUAGGUGGCUCAUGAUGCAUUUAUAUCUCAUUUACUAAACAAAUAUCAAUGACGAUCUUCCAUGGUCUAUACUCUUACAAAAUGAUGUCAAUAAUACGUUCAAAACUCAAGUUGAACCAGUUGGAAUAAGGUGUAUAUUUUUUUCCUGUGACCUGCUUUCUAUGACUUGCAAUGUGUUUUGACCUCAGGUCAUGUUUGUGUGUUUUUUGGAGGGGGGAGGGGGCUCUCCACAGAGGGUAUGGAUAUUUUCUUGAGAAAAAGAAAAACAUUUGGUUUCAAAAUAAUUUGAUUUUUUUUUUCAGGCAUCUCCAGUAAAACUUAACAAUGGUGCUUUUAUGCCUUCCAUUGCUUUGGGGUGAGUUGAAUCUUUGUAUAAUAUUGUUGCUUGUUCUAAUAUUUUGAUUCAAAGCUAGAGUUGCAAAUAACCUGGCUCAGGUCAAUUUACGAUGUCUAACUAAAUUUGCCCAUGCCAAGUGUUUGACAAAAUCCUAACCUCUGCAACGUUUGGAGUACUGGAGGUGGAGUACUUUUUCUAAUGAUUACAGCAAUAAAACUGUGAACAUUAUAAUUUACCACCCAGAUAUGUGCAACAAAUUUCCUGGUUUGUCCACAGGACUAACAUGGUGACCUCUCUGGUCAGACAUUGUCCUUUUUCAAAAGAAAAACUCUUUGCGGGCAGAGAUUCAACAUCGAUGUAUUUCCAUAGAAUUGGGACGGUAUAUAUAGAGAGUGAUCAUGUAUGAGAGAUACAUCACUCCUAUGGAUGAAAUUAUAAAGACUAGUCAGGUUUAGAGAUGGUGGUAUUUACCACCUUUUCAUUAUGGUGGGGGUCUGUCAGUCAGCAGGGUACAUUAAGACACCAUUCCCAGCUGGAGGGCACUGCAUCUCUUUAACUGCUGUACGAAUACAGUUGAAUAAAUAACUAAACCAGAAAGUUUUCUUGUCUUUAUACAGCCAUAAAAUGCUCCGGUUCUUAGCACUUUUAGGUCCUUUCACAGACUGCAAAGACAGAUUUCCCUGUUCAUUAAUAUAAUUGAAGCCUGAGAAUAUACCCGUUUUGGGCGGAGCUUCACCAUAUAGGCCAUUAUCAGGAGCAAUAUUUACCCCCAAAACAAAGACAACACCCUUCACAGGGGUAAGUAUUGGCACCUACCAUUAUAGGGAGUACCCCCAGCCCCAUGGGACACCAUUAGUCCUUCCGUUAGGACUGGUGGGUCCUGUCUGUGCACAGUUAUUUGGAACACUUCCCUAAGUUAUACCCCAUAACCAUUUUUCUUAUCACUUAUCAGUAUAAAAUCUAUUUUUAAUAAGCCCUUUCUUGGAUAUUUGUACUUAAAAACUUAUAUAUAAGUUAUGCCUUUUAGAAAAUGAAAAUUCUUGAGGGCUUUUUGUCCUAGACUUGUCUCUCAUACGAGAAUGAAAUCUUCAUGUCUUUUGUAGAACAUGGAAAUCUAAAAAAGGUGAAGUUGGAAAAGCUGUAAAGCUUGCAUUGCACUAUGGCUACAGGCACAUUGAUUGUGCUGAGGCGUAUCGAAAUGAAGAUGAAAUUGGCGACACUCUAACUGAUGUAUUUAAAGAAGGAAAAAUUAAGCGUGAAGAUGUUUUCAUUACAUCAAAACUCUGGUAAAUAUAGCAGAACUUGUUAAUUUUGUUCUACAAAACUAUAUAUAAGUUAGUCCUUAGGUGGAAUGUACAUAUAAUUAGAUACUUAUAUUACGCUCUGUAGACUGCUAUUUACAAAUUUUACGUGUUUAAUUUGAAGUUCUCCUCCUAGCUUGCGAAUACAGCCGUCUUGCCUCAUUUUUCGCUGUUUUUAAUAUAGGAAUGUUUCGCGGGAGAGACAUCUGUGAGACGUGACGGUGUUACGGGCUUCUGUUUCACACUCGGGUUUGAUAAUUUUGUCUCUAUUGGCCAUUUCAGAGUUGCGUAGGGAACUGGACGAGUUUCAAAUUCAAAGUAAUCAAGAAACUGACACCACCAUAUAAAAGGUCAUGUUAAGAUUGGUUUUUUGAACAAGUCUGGUGCUGUAAGGCUGAACAGGGAUCAAGUUAUGACUCUUGAAACAUGUUUAUUAUAAACAGGGCUUCUGAUAUUUCGCGGAAAAAAAAGCAAAAUUUCGCGGGAUUUUCCGGGGCAAAUUCGCGGAAAAAUCGGCCGAUUUCGCGGGAUUUUCGCGGGAAAAAAGUCAAAAUUCGCGGAACAAUCGGCCGAUUUCGCGGGAUUUUCGCGGGAGAAAAGUCAAAAUUCGCAGAAAAAGCGGCCGAUUUCGCGGGAAAUUUCGGGGGGAAACUUCGCCAAGAAACAAUCAGUAAAAAACAGCCGAUUUCGCUGGGUUUUUUUUGGAAAAUUUCGCUAAAAUCGAUCAAUAUUGCGUCGAUAUGACCAGCGUUGGUGAACGUUUUUUUUAACAAGGAUAAUCAUUUGCUCUUUCAACAACAGUUCACUCGAGAAAUGAGCGACUGUUAAAGCUACUAACAUUAUGGUUAGUGCCCAGUUUUUCGCAACGCUCAUGUAAAAACGCCUGGUAGUUUUGGGACGUUGUUUACUCGUUAGAAAUGUUUUGCCGACAUGUAUUUGGAAAUAUUUCUGGCGGAUUUCGCGGUAUUUCGCGUUUUUUUGGGAAUUUCGCGGGAUUUCGCGGAAAUACCUGAAUUUCGCGGGUCCGCGACCGCGCGAAAUAUCAGAAGCCCUGUAUAAAGAUCCAUACAAACUUCUGUAAUUUUGUGACAGCGUCCCCCAAAACCAUAUAAACCCUUAAUUUUUUUCAUGGUUUCUGUGAUAUUCUUAAAAACGGGCAAACACAGUGAUUUUCGAAUUAGUUCCUUCCAAUUAGUAGAUGCAUGACGAAUUUUACAGUUUAAAAGAAAAACUGAAAAAUUUUAAAGAGUUUAUAUGGUUUUGGGGGAUGCUGUCACAAAAUUAUAGAGGUUUGUAUGGAUCUUUAACCAUGUUUCAAGAGUCAAUAACUUGAUUCCUGUUCAAUUUUAGAGCACCAAACUUGGUCAAAUAACCAAUCUCAACAUGACCUUUCAUAUGGUGGUGUCAGUUUAUCGAUUAGUUUAAAUUUGAAACUCGCCCCAGUUCCCUACGCAACUCCGAAAUGGCUAAUAUAGCCUGAGAAAACAGCCGAUAUUUUGCGACGCUACCGGUUGUUUCUCCGCAAAAUAACGUCUGAGAAACAAGUGCAGAGAUUCCUUACUAAUGGCGCGACACUACCCAGAUCUGGGUCGUGCUUCUGAUUGGAUGAAGCCAAUUUCCAACCAAUCAGAAGCACUACCCAGAUCUGGGUAGUGGCACGUCACCAGUAUGGAAUUUCUGCGCCCAUUCCCUCAGACGUCAUUUCGCGGGGACUGACCACCGGUGGCGUCAAGAAAGCUCAGCUCUUUUCUCAGGCUAAUCUUUAUAUUAUGGAACAAAAAAGCCCGCUAGGAACAAAUAGAUCAGUUCAACAGUAUGCAUUGGUGUCACAAAAACAGUCCUUUGCCUAAUUGCAUCUCAAAUUGACAAAAUGCAAGUGUUUGGAAACGAUAGAACGAGGUUGGGAGGGUGUUUUUUAAUUGGAGAAUGAAACGAUAGACAACCCAAGCAAUACUGCUAGCCCAGAUAACAAAAGAAGCGGGCGAGCAGUCUCUCUGUGAGAGCGCGCGCGCGAAAAUGCGAGCUCACACUAAAAGAGGUUUAAGGACUCUUCCUCAACAACUCUUACGCGUUCGUAAUACAGUCGUUGACUUGUUGUUCUGACAUUAAGUCUGCUAAGAGCAAUAAACGGUUUAUUCUCCUGUAUUAAGCUUUGCGUUUCUGCGCACCUGAGUUACGUUUUAGCAGUUGUUUCACAAGAACUGAAAUAAUCUGGGGUUGAUGCGGACCGUUUUUGUUGUUGUAGUUGUUGUUCUUUUUCUUAAAUAUGGGUAAAACGGGCAACAAAAAACGUGCAACUUGUUUUGCUAAGCAUCAUUGCUGCAGAACGAGUUGAAUAGUGAUGUUGCGCGUUUUACCACCCACGAUAAAAAAACCCUUGCAACCUUAUUAUUGUUCGAACGUGGGUGGAAAAAUGUACAACAUCGCGAUUCAGCUCGUCUUGCAGUGAUGUUGCAAAACUGUAGCUAAAGUCUGCGUUGCAUGCUGGGUGCCAACUUCGUUCCCAGAGGCUGCCAUCCUUUCAGUCAGCACCAAGGAUCGUUUGUUGCCCGUGGCAACCAUAAAAGGCAGCGAAGGCUCUAAAGACGAGGUGGAUGGCGGUUAGCACCAGCGGAAGAAGCCUUGCGGUCGCCCUUCUCUCUCAGAGCCUCGUUUUUCACGCGCCGGGUGUAGGCUAGCCUACAUGAUAAAGACGCAUUUUUAUCUGUCAAAGCUAAUUAACCUUCGAUCAUUCUACAAAGAUUUUGGUAGGAAGAUGUAGCUUGUCAAGAACCUGGGGGUGUGGAUUGACUCCAACCUAACGUAUGAUGAGCAUAUUUCCAAGUUGUCUUCAAGCUGUCUCUAUAAAUUUGAGCCGCAUUAACCGCAUUAACCACUUGCCCGAUAGAAAGACACUGAUCCUAGUCAUUAAUGCUGUUGUUUUCACUAGGUUUUUUUAUUUUUCAACAGUGUGGAGUAACCCCUCUAAGAAAAACACUCGCAAAGUGCAGCUCAUCCAGAAUUUUGCCUGUAGGUCUAUUCUAGGGCUUCAGAAGUUUGAAUAUUUUUUUAAGGCGCUCAAGUCGCUUGGGUGGCAUAACGUCUGCGACAAACUCUUUCUUAACGACUUAGUUAUGGGUCAUAAAUGUAUAAAUAAUUUAGCGCCACCUUAUCUAUCCACUCUAUUUAAUACAAGAUUCAGCGUCAGCAAAAGAUCUAAUAUAAAUGACUCUGACCUUGAUCUACCAGAAUGUAGAUUGGCUACAGGUCAGCACCCGUUUACUUUCCGUGGCUCAAAGGGUUUUAACACCCUCCCUAAAGACAUCAAAUCUAUCAAGGAUCCAAAGGCAUUCUGGUGCAAGGUGUCCACCCACCUCAAUACGAAGGAUUAAGAUUUUUAGACUCUCGAAAUAUGUAAAUAUAUUUAAUAUUUCCCCCAAUAUUUGCACAUAACCAUUCACAUUUUCUUGUGAUAGGUUUUCGCAUCUUCUAUUUCUAAAACUUUUUACUAUUUUACUCUAUACUUUGUAAACCUAUUUUAUAGUGGAGUGUAUCUCUAUUGUAAUUAAUUACAGCAGCCGAGAAUAGCCAUACAAAUGGAGUCCUAAUAAAGAAUAUGCAUGUAUUCUGGUAUGUAUGUAUGUUGAUUUAAUAUUAGAGGUAUCUCAAGUGGGUUAGUUUGAAACGCAGGCUCCAGUGGCUUGUUCUUAAUCUCAUCGGAUCCUUAGUCUUUGCUGAUAAACAUCUCGAGCGAAUAUUUUUUGUGUUGUUGUUUCUUUUUGGUACCAUUUUUCAAGCCAGUAUUUGUUAGGACAUUAAUUUUUGUACAGUCGCUGAGAUCUAAAGCACAAAAGCGGCCUUACCCACGUAUUGGGGCAAGUAUAACUCGUUUCUGAAAGAUGUGACAGAAAGUUUUGCUUGCCUGCCCUUUCGCAUUUGUGAACUAGAAAUUUGCAGGGAAAAAAGGCGCGCGACGAUUUCGUUACAAGGGUUAACUCCUUCGGACUAUACGUACAGGACAAUAGUUACUCACAAUUGCUGAAUCAAAAGCUUUAAUCUCACACACAGUCUACAACAAGAAUACAAGCGAAUAAAUACGAUUAAAUGUGAGAACGUGUGAAUGUUCCUAACUAGACAAUGCCUAUUAUCUCUUGAAUCAAAUGAACAACCUCUUAGUGUUCAUGCAAAAAACUUGUAUUUCUAAAAGUCAUUACAUUAGGAGACAAAAAUCGUGAAAAAAAAUUGAACAGCCUUUUUGUUUGGCUGAUUGCGGCUUAUUGUACUCAUUAUUGUUAACGCGGAAUUGAAAAGGAAAGCGACAAAAAUCAAAGCUUUAAACCUAAGGCGAAAUUUGAAAGGUAUUGAAAAAACAUAACUGUCUUAAAUACAAGUGGCAAAACUAAACUGCUAGUUCAAUCAUGUCGCUAAACAUUUAUUGAGUUAAACACUCCUUGACUCUCUACAAGAAACAAACAUUUCGAGUACAAUUCUUCAUAAACAUUCGGAAAGAGUAUGAAAAGAUCAGGAAGACUGCUAAUUUUGAGGACUCCAGCUCAAUAAAUGUCGAUAGUUUCAAAGAAAACUUUUCCUUACAAUUCAUCUCCACUCACGGAAGUAGCUCCCUGAUCAUUGCCUGGUUCCUCAAUUAAGGGAAAGAUUGGCGCCAACAACCUGCGCGCAAACUCAGCUUCAGUAUCCGAGUAUAUUUUUCGCCCCGACAGUUUUGAUGCACUUGUUUCUUUCGUGAUCUGUAAAGUGAUUUUAACUCUGUCCUCGGAAUCGUGGGAAAAGGUAUAGGUUUUGGAUUCUGUUAAUGUCCACGCUUCAAAAGACUUUCCAUCAAAGUUCCCGAUGACAUCGUCCGCGGACUGGCUUCCAUCUGCUUCCAUCACUUUUCCAUGCAGUAUUACCUUGCCGUUGAUUGCGCUUUCUGAGAACAUGAAGCCUUCUUCUUCCAUAAAGUCUAUUGUAACGGUUUCAUGCUCAUAACUUUUACCAAUGUGUAUUUCAUGUGAACCGGAAUCUUUGCGAUACCAUUGCCAUAUUAGUUUUUCUUGAUUCAGAGGUCUUUCUCCAAUGUCUAUUGAGAAUGACCCGUAUGGUUCGUAGUAAUGUUGUGUCAAGCCAUCAUCGUCACAUGAAAACGUAAAUUUGACGGUGAGGACGUAGUUUAUUAAAGAUGGGGGCUCUUCAUCGCCUAUUACGGGACCAAGUUGUAACGUAAUCGUAACUUUGUCAUCCGAGUCUUCUUCAAAAGUUAAUUGCUUUGACUCCCUCAGUUCACUUGCUUGGUAAGAUUUGCCAUCAAAAUUACCGAUUAUGUCAUCGUUAAUGUCGUCGUCCUCCUUCACGCGUCCAUGCAAAGUUAUUUUACUGUUGACGUUAUUCAAGAAGUUCUUGCUCUCUUGAAAUCUGAUCAUAAAGGGUUGACGAUAAUUUGUGUGAAUGUUCAGCGAGAUAUCGUUAGCUUCACAGUGCCAUACUUGAAAUUUUUGAUUGACGUCUCUGUUGCCAAUGCUGACAGAGAAAGUUCCGUAAGGUUCAUAUGCGCCCGUUCCUCCAUCAUCAUCGCAUAUAAAGUCAAACACGCCUGUAAGCUGGUAUUCUACCAAGCCAGUUUCUUGAUCUUUUAUUACAUCUCCCUCCUUGGUUAAAGAAAUUCCCAUGUUGGCAUGAAAGCAGCAAUCACUCAGUUUUUGCUUGCUAGAUGCACUCCAGUCAAUAAGAUCAAAACCCAAAGCGUUUCCUUUAGCCAAGCAGUCGUCAAAGGAAAGUGCACUUUCGCCGUCCGUUUCCCACAGGUUGGAGAAGAUUACGUAACUGUGUUCCUUCUUAUUGUUGUAAUAUGCACUAAUUGGAUAUUUUACAUCACUGCUAAUUGAAAAAUCUAUUUUGGAACUCUCAGCUCUGCUUAAGUCAAAUAGCGGGAAUGCUGGUCCUUGAAUAAGCGGGAAUUCGAGAUCUUUCACCGUUUCAGGACAUGUAAUGCCUAGGGAUUCCAUCACUGCACAUACCUUAAAAAUUUCGGCCUGUGGUAAGAGAUACAGUUGGCCAUAUAACUCGUUGCCUCCUAAGCCUUUUGCCGAAAUACUCCAAGCAUCAUCCACUCUUUUGUAGUCUUCAGGAGUACCAGGAUCUUUGAUCUCCUCAAGAGUCAAGCCAACCACGAAAAUGCCAAGUAUAUCUUCUAUCAAAGAAAUACAGUCAGCGCCAGAAAUGUCUGGGUACUUUUGCGUAAACUCGAGGAGCUCGUCAAUAACUUCACUCAUAUUCUUCGCGCCAUAUGGACCAUACAGCUUGUGAUAGCCAAGGCGACUGAUGAAGAGCUUAACUAGUGCUAACGUGUCGACAGAUCCUUGAUUUUUCAAUGUUGAUACCAGCUGAGCUGUCGAUUCUCGACGUACACGGUAAGAGUAGGCACUACUGCAAACAAUGUCAUCUUUCGAUGUGACGUCCUGCUCCGUUAAGUCACAAGCUAUUUCGACGUUCUUCGCUGAAGGACCCGUGUAAUCAACGGAGAAGUAACGAACGGAUGCAAACUCGAAGUACUCGAAAUUUCCGUUGGUGUCGAAAACUGUAUACGUUUCGUCAUUCGGUAACUUGACGGUGAUACUUCCCUUAAAUUCCGACCCUUGAAAAAAGGCGUGUGCUUUUCGAAAUAGUUCACCAACAGUCAUAGUUGUUAGUUCAGGAUACGAAGAAAUUUGAAAAGAAUCCCAGUUGACAAACAGAAACGCUCCGCUUAGUCGAUAUCUGCCGUCUUUAUGGCCUGGUAUGGGUAAGUCUACUCGCUCGCUUGAUUUCUCUUUGGCAUCGGAUGAAAUCCAUAUCAAGCUACAAACAACGACCAUGAAGAAUCCGUUAUAAUUCAUGAUGAAUCUGCUAUUCCGCGAGCAGCUUUUUUCCGUUUAACUUUGGAACUCUUUCGGUGCGAAAGUCGACCUGUCUUAACGUUUGGCGCUUUUGGAAAGUGUAUUCUCGAAAUUGUACUGAUAAGAAACAGUCUCAAAGCACGCUUCGGUGUAAGGAUUAGCCCACUAACAUGACUCCGAGGCUUAAGGGUCAAAAUUGCAAAUUUUUCAAGCCGUCUUUUUCCCAAAAGAGACUUGAGCACAAAGAAAACAAAACCAAAUAUAGAAAAAUGACCAGAAAGCCUCGGAGUCAUGUUAGAAUUUUAAUAUAUCGAACGUGGGUUCUGUGCUCGAUUCUUAUCUGACUAAUUAUUAUUUUAUUAUGAGCGCAAUGCUAUGUCUGACUGCAUUGUCUGCGAUAUUGUUUGACGGACUGACAGACCACAACUUCCGGUCUCAUAACCAUUGUUUCAAAAACUACCAUAACAAAGACGUACCUGCUCUGAAGUUUCCGCGAUAAAUAAAAAACAAAACAAUCUAAAUUUCAAUCAUUACCCUCACACAGACAAUGGGGUACUGGUGAGACGGAUUAUGCAAGUUUAAAAUCGGGUAUUAUGCUUUAAGCGUCACCCAUUCAAUCAAAGUUAAUAAAGUGAGAUGGUUAUGCCCGUCAGACGUCUUUGUUAUACGUGUUUGUUAGCUUUUUUAGACUUGACAUAUGCACAACAUUCAGUACCAUUCCUAUCAUUUCGAACAAACCAUUUAUUUUUUAACCAAUAACAAAACAGAUUGCGCAUAGCCAGGAAGCUCCUAACAUAAACUGUAGCAUAGCUGAAAUCGUCUUUUAAUUUUACCGUAUUUUUAAACCAGUCUCCUUUACUACCAAUGAUGAAACAGUAAUAUGCUUUAACACAUGCUCGACUGGAGAAUCUCGGGGUAUUAUACCAGAAUACGGUAAAAUGGCAAGAUGACACUUCCCUCGCAUAUUCGAAAACCGUUGUGUGAUUUGUGAUUUGUUGUUCAGUGUAAUACACGAUAGGUGUUUAUGUUGUUGGUCAAUUAUGUCCUUGGUCUUUGUGUAGCUCUUUGAAAUCUAUCGGUUCGUAUUAAAGUUUUUCAUAACUAUUCCACGGUAUAGGUGAGACUCUGAUAUUGAGGUAAGGUGGAUAAAAGCAGGAAACGCAAGAUUCCAUGCACUGAUUUAGGUCUUUUUUAGUCAUGCCGCUUUGACCAAAACACUUUCAGUUCGAGAGAUCUAAAACUACUAAAAACUUUCAUUAGAAUAGGUAAUCUUUUCCUUAUUUCUUUUGCAGGUUUUUUCUUAUAUCAGGGCUCACCUCUUUCCCAUUUGUUAAGAGAAAGCAAGACUCGAAACAUCAAACUUCUUUCCUCGCAAAACUUUGAUCAACCUACACCUGCGCCCUUGUUAAUUUUUUUAAAUCCAAAGCGACAAUUACGAGAAUUCGUUGUUGUUAUUGUUGUUGUUGUUGUUGUUGUUGUUGUUGUUGUAGGCUUUGUAAAGGAACAUCUUUGAAAUGUUCAUUAAGAUGACUUACUGUACUCUUAUGACCAUGUGCCACCAUGGUUGGGGAUUCUGAAGAUGCUGACACAAGGUCGGGUGGGGAGUACCGCAGGUCUGUUUGCUUUCAUAUCUUUACGUGUAUGCCUUUUUUGUUUGUUUUAACCACAGGUCUAACAGUCAUGCCCCAGAAGAUGUACUUCCUGCCUGUCAAACUACUCUGAAAAACCUCCAGCUGGAUUAUCUUGAUUUAUAUCUUGUAAGUUCUUACCUUCAUCUUGGGCUGCUUUAUAUUAAUAGUCUGUUUGCCAGUCAACAAUUUCAAACUAAAUGAAUAUUAUAAUUGUGAAAGUGCUAGUUUGCUUUCGGAGACAGUGUAUUUACGCUUUUAAAAGCGUAAAUAUGAAAGCUAACAGACCUGUGGUACUCCCCACCCGACCUUGAGGGUUUGGAUCGGGGGGUACAAAUGUCAGUUGUCAGUUAACUUUAAGGCCAUUUGUCAGUUGUCAGUUAAUUGGCUGUUAAUAAUUAAUUAGGUAAUUUAGUUAUUUAUAAAGCAAACAGAAGCUGUACAACGGUGAUUUGAACGAUUUGUGAAAAAUUGUUGAAAGCAAACAGCUGAAACCGACUGUCACAAACUUACUUAAUGACUUGGACUGGUCGCCUCUCCAAGAAAGAAGGAAAAUUGCUUGUCAUCCAUGGUGAAUCAGGAUUAGAAAUCUCAAGCUGUGUCAAAAAGGGCAAUAGCCAACUACUAUCCUUCCACAGUUACAAGUUCGAUUCACUGAAUUAACAGCAAUCACGUCCAGUAAUUUUGUGGAAAAAAGUAGGUAAACCUAGAACUAAUUGCAAAAGAAGAUAUUCCAAUUGUUUUAGACUCAGAACACUAUCCUUAAUAACAUACCGUAAAAUUCCAAAAAUAAGCCCCGCGGCUUAUAUUUUUCAAAGGCCCUUUUUGAGGGGCUUAUUUUUGGAGGGGCUUAAAUUCGGAGGGGCUUAUGUACGGAGGGAAAUUUGCUUUUCAGAAUCGAUUGGGCUAGCCUUAUAGUUAGUAGGAAAUUUACCAUUUUUGCUUUGUUUUACCUUGUGUAUAAGGGUAAUUUCCAAGUACCAGCCUCCGGAGGGGCUCAUAUUCGGAGGGGCGAUUAAACGGAGGGUUUUUUGCGUUACAGGUUUAGGGGGCUCAUAUUUGGAGGGGAUUAUGCAUAGACGGGCUUAUUUUCGAAAUUUUAUGCUAUCAAAAGUCCCAGCAGGGGAAGUUGCUUAAAAACGGGAUUAAUUAAGAGGAUCGAAGAUCUUUCUGAGACCCUUGUUUACUACAUAGCAUGGAAACGAGGCUUGUCAAAAGUCUUCCUUUACGCUUAUGCUGAAGGCGUUUUUUUGGUAUGAUCACUAAAAAUGAUGAACUAAGGGAAAAUAUGGAAGUUACUUUAAUGUUUUUAGCUGUUUUUAUGCUUUGAUGGGUUAUAUACUUGAGAAAAUAUUCAAUAAUGGGGCUCCCUUAAGCGAUUUCCGAGAAAAAAACUCCUCGUAUGCGAAAUACAAAGGUCAGCAAAAAAACGUAACUCCGAGGUCAAUGAAACAUGAAUCAUAACAAACUUUCAUCUUUAUACAAUACAGACGUGGUAACUUUUUUCGGAUAUCUUUGUUAAUGCUGACGUAGUAAAUGCUCAAACUUAGGAGGUAUUUAAAAUGCAAAUGAGCCUCCUUAAAUGUUCAAAUUUAAAAAAUUAGCUGUUUAAUUACUGUGUUAGUUAUUUUUCCAUCAUCUUACCUAGCUUAAUAUCUUUUCAGCACCAUUACGUCGUUUAAAUUUGAGGCGAUUUGAAAUCAUUUACCCUUGACUUUAAUUCAAGAUGGCGGAUCCAAGAUGGCGGCGGACCGAAAAUAAUGUUAUUGCUGAGUUAUUUAUCACUUGACCCACUUUGAAUUUACAGACUUCUGUGUCUACUAUUGACUCCCAGUUUUUUAUUGUCGUAGCCAAAAUCCUGUUGAAGCUAUAGAGGGAAGAAGAAAUCACGGACCAGGUCCCAGGGGACCAAAUAGUCAGGUCUCUUAGGGUCAGGAUCGUUACAGAGUUGACAAAAGCACCAAACUUUGCACAGCGAUAGCUUAUUGCAGUACCAUGAAUAUUAGAGGGGGUGCCCACUGCAAAUAUGCCACUGAAGCGUGCUAAACAGGAUUUAAUUGUCGCAAAUUUCACCUGCUGGGGCCCCUGUGGUGUUUUGAUUGAAAAUUGUUAUUUAAUACCUUAAAUUACUCUGAAUUCUAUUCUCAGGUUGUAAACAACAAUUUCACUCAAACAUCUGGCAUUCCCAUCCAUUUUUGCUUAUUGAUUGUAUAAUUAAGUUGAUUAUUACUGUGCCCUUAAAGCAAGUCCACAGUCCGCCCACAUUUUCAUAAGUCAUUUCUAAGAUGGCCUCGUCUUUGCUUUAUAACUAGUUGCAAGUACUCAGCUUCUGGGGUCUCUUCUCCUUUUCUAAUGUAUUUCAAUUAGAGAGUGCCUUAUUGUGUGGCUUAAGCCUUAUUUAUCAAGUAUUACUUGUCAUUACAUGUCACUUUAAGCUGAAGAAAGCGUAUGGCAUAGCAAUUCACACACAAAAUUUCAGAAAAAAGAAAUUGUCAAAGAGUCUGUUGUAUCACAUAUUAUCAGGGAUUUAUGACAGCUAUUCAUGAAGAGCAAAUAACGAAAUGACAGAACCCAAAAUAGUUCUUUCCUAGGGAGGUAAUUAAUUUUCAGCUUAACACAGGCCUGGAUGCCUUUCAGUCUCUCUUUAUCCAGUUAUCUGCUGGACGCAAGUGCAUGUUUUGACAGAGAAGCAAGCACCGUGGCACAAGUCAUAUCAUUUACAAUUUCCGCAGUUUGUCUAAGCUUUACAAAGCAAAAACAAACAAAAAAGAAUCUGGUCUCGUAAACGAAAAAAAGAAACAAGUUAGCCCAAGCUUCAAAAAACAGCACAGUUUAUCAUGAAGCCUCUACAUUUGGCACUGAAGCACUCAUGUCCAAAAAUGAUAACAGCUUAUCAAGUCGUAAAAGUGAGACUCAAGUGGUACAAGAUUGACUCAAUUGAUAAAUGGUGAAUGGUUUAACUGCUGAAACUGUAGAAAGGGGGCCGGGCUAACUUUUAGGGCCUGUUUAAAUGGAGGAGGGGGACCUCAGGUAGGAAUGGUAACCCACUUAGGUGUGGUAACCCGCGUGUCCAUAUAAUCUCUCAUUUUCAUUUGAUCACGUUUACAUGAUGGGUGGGGUCACCCUUCACGGUGGGUAGCCCAGUCUGCCACACCAGGUAACCCUCUCAGCUGACGUCAAAUUUUGCGAUGUCAACGUUUCAAGGUGAGGAAACCCAGCCUAGUCGGGGUCGAAUUCGUGAUACAUCAAAUUCGCGCAAAAUUCACUUUGGCGCUGGGUGGCUUCACAUAAUUAUUAAAGGUAACAAUAGAAAGCCACAACACUGAAGGUUGCAGCAAGAGCAGCAAUUGAGCGUAGACGUUGUUUGCCAGCAUUUUUCUUGUUUACAUGCUUAGCGACCAUUCAAUAAUCUCGAGAAACUGCACCCCAGGAUGGCGGGGUUGUAAGAUUGCAUGUAAAGGAGGGUUAUUUUUUUACCCCACCUAAGCAGGUUACCUCACCUACCUGGGGUCCCCCACCUUUAUGUUAACAGGCCCUAAGUCUCAGGAGCGGUGAAACUGGUAAUAAACGGUAUACCUAACCCGGGACGAGCUGUGAUACUACCGGCCAUCUUCAAGAAUGUCAGCAUAGCAGCCAAAGAAGCCAUUAUAUCGGUGUAAAACGAAUAUUAGAUUGCGGUUGUUUCAUGUGUCUCGUUUUGUGACUUUUUCUGUGUUCGUUUUUGUCACCAUCUCUAAAUAUCAAUCAUGUUCAAAACACCCCUACUAACAAAAUAUUUCGUAAAGCUCUUUAGAAUGAUAUUUAGCAAUAAAAACAAGGUGUGACCAGGAGCCGAUUUCUAGGCUCCUGGUGUGGCAACAUAGGCAUGAGUGAAUGCAAAGUUUUGCAGUAUGUAAUCUGUCAAAAAUCUGUUUGAGUGGUCAAAGUAAUGGGCUUCUUUAUCAUGACCACUCCAUUAUUAUAAGGGACCAGGCCACAAUUAUUGUUGACCCUUGCUUUUUUGGUAUUUUAUGUAAUUUUCCACAGCAUUAUUUUGUGAAAAGUUGGUAACUGAAUUGCUCUUGAGAAAUUCAUGAUCGUAAGAUUUCGUAACCUCGGGGUAUUCGCCUAAUUGCAUCAAACAAAUUACAUUCAUUUUCAUAAAUGAUGCGUCAUUUGUUGGCUAAAAGAGGCCUUGUUCCUGUAAAUUUCAGCUCUUCUGAAGUUAGUUUGUUUGUAGAUUAGGGAGCUUACGAAUUGACGACUUUCGCACGACGACGCCGUUGGACUGCGUGAGAGGCUCACUGCGCAUGCUUACCUGGGCACUUGCCGGCGUCGCGCUAAAGUCGACGCCGUUGUUGACCGCGAUUCGCCGGCGUCCUAGUAAAAGCAGGACGUGAGACUAAUUUUCAAAGUUUUCCCUACAUACUUCAGCGGAUUUUUCCAGAUAAUUCAAGUAUAACAUUAGGUACAUGUUCUUUACAUAUGUUUUCGAUUUGUUCGUCUGUAUUCAUUAGAGCAAUGACCCGAAGAAUCAAACAUAAAUUAACACCGAGUGAAACCAUAUUGGCAAGAUGGGACCAAAGCUACAACUAGACCAUUGCAAGUGGUUAUCUCAUCACGGUAACUACAGCUGUUCAGCAAGUUUAUAAAUGCCCCUCCUGUAAAUAAACGGGCCUUGCAUUCGUCCUUUGUUGUCUCGUCUAAAUCCGUAGUUUACUCUGAGUUUGUUGACGAAACGCAUAAAAGUAUACAGUGAAAUACUCGGUCCUUAUAUUUCCAUAAGUGUCUGCAAUACGAGCUCUCGUUUCUCUUAUGAGUUUAGACAUUUUGGUUGAACAGACAAGCUUACUUGUGAAAAGAAGAAAACAAACUUCAGAAACGGCGGGCGCGCGAGCCUCGCGCACCAACGUCGUCGUCUUUACUACGAAUCGUAAAUUCAAUUUUCUAAAGGACGGCAACGCAGAACUAUGACGUGACCCAGCGGCGGCGUCGUGCGAAAGUCGUCGAUUCGUAUUGUAACGCACGCGACGACCUUCCUUUUUUUGAAAGAUCGUAUAUACCAUUAACACUCUGGUCCAAGGGCUCUGAAGUGAAUGAGCCGCUUACAGGUGUCUAGGCAUGCAGGGACCUCAUACACUUCUUUUUAAGGUCUCGGUAAAUGAAAAUUUUAGUACAUUGCUCGAUUUUGCUUUUUUUUGGAUUUUUGGCAUAAGGGAGUCCUAAACUUUAUUUUGGCAGAAAAAGAAAAUCAGAAAGUGCUCUUUAACCCUUCUAAAAUGAGCCUUUUCUGAGCUAACCAGCCAAUCGUGGACCUCGCGCUAAAUCUUUAGAGCUGAUUUUCUCUCACUCUAUUUUAGACGCAAAAAUCAAAAUUCUCCGACCUCCAUUCGGGACAGGUUUUAAGCUAUAGCUUUGAAACUUUCAGUUAUGAUCGAUAAUGAUAUAGACUCUAAAAGGGUGUGAGGAAUUUUCCGAUUUCCCUUUGUAACUCAUUUUAUGUCAGUUUCUUUGCGUAAAUCGCGCUCAAGAUUCGACUUUUUAGUUUGAAAUGCAAUAAUUCCGCUAAAACGAGACAUGCAAAUUUCCUCACACCCAUUUUUAGGUCUUUUAUCUGUCAAUCAGACGCAAUAAAAAGGAGGCGAAUAUUUAACAACGCGAAAGGGCUGGAGCUUCAGCAGUAAACUCGAUACCUCUGAGUUCGAGAACGAAAAACUUAAGCGCCUUUUGAAAUUCGAUGAAAUAAAAUCUUUUAUAAGGUAAUUUAGUCUUUUAGCUUUAAUUUGAUAUAUAACUUGCCUUUGUAGCGAAAAUACUCGCGUGACUAGAAUUUUUUUCUGUGGGCACCUCGUUUUCCUUUACCGAGACCUUGAAUGCAAAUGUGCAAAAAAUAAAGAGUGUUAAAAAUUCCUGGAGAGGCAUGUUUUACAACCUCGUCCCCAGGGCUUAAUAAAAAGGUAGAAAAAGGUAAAGCGACCAUAUCUUAUGUCAAUACCUCGUGACAGUAAUAAUAAGUGAUAAACUUGAGGUCAACGGUGCGCUCCUUUUACCCCCUCUCUCCAUUAAUUCUCCGUUUUAGGGGUAUUUAAAGCUAGUCAAAGCUACACAGAAAAAAGAGCCACCCUUGCUCCUCGUUUUCCCCCUGAGGACGAGGUUGACAUGUUUUAAUCAUUAUCUCAAGGACAGGGUUACCAACGAAGCAAAUUAUAAUCUAAUCUUAGCUGCACAAUUACAAAGUGGGCGCGUUGUCAGUUACAGUUCAUGAGGUCCUUCAUGUGGCAUGUCAAACUUUAACGAUUCUGUCGUUUAGGAUGUGAUACAUUUGCGUUUUAUGUUAUUGUAUGACAUCUUUGAAAGCUGGCUUUGUGAUCUGUUUAAAUUGAUAUGUAAUGAUAUUAUCACUGGCAAGUCUUAGCAGUGACACUGAUAGCCGCACAGUCCGCACAAUGAACAUGGCCACACUUACCGUGUGGAGACUGGGCACUAGUCAGUAUUAUGUACAUGUAAAACUAUUUUGAAUAGUGUAACAACAACUAAACAUUACCAAAUUAAAAACUUAAAAAUUUGCAACAAAUGUUUUUUAGCCAAAUCAAACAAGAAGAGUACUCACCACAGGGCACCCAAUCUGCUAUUAUAGGUGAAAGUUAACCCCCCCUUUUAUCUGUAAUUUGGACCAUUUGUAACGGGCACUCCCUCCAGUAUUAAUAAGUAGGUGCUAAGGAAGCUCUGUGCCAAAUUUGACACUUUUGUCACGUCUGUAACGAUCCGGCCUAUAUUUUGCACUAAGAGACCUGACUAAAAAGUGCCCGUAAUAAAUGAGGUUAAAUUUUUGUUCCCAUGCUCGAAUCUUUUGGGGUUUUUAGUAAAUGAUUGGCGAAGAUCAGAGAAAGCUUCUACUGCAAUAAGUUCCGGGUCCACCGACAAAAUGACUGGACUACAAAGAAGUUAAGAAUAGAAUUCGUUACCGAGCAAUUUUGUAAAUAUGGUAAAAACUCCAUUAUUUCAGAAGGCGCUUAGAUUAGAUUAGAAUAAUUAUUAUAAUUAAUUAUUAUAAUUAAUGUAUAGAUGCCAUCUCAACCACAAAUGCACGUGUAAAGACUUGUAUUCAGAUGUAUAAAGGGUUCGCGUGUCAUUGUUUGUCUCACGAGAGUCACUUAAUGAUUACGACGUGUCGACCUUGUACUGCUGGUCUUCAUUAGGCGAUAAUACUGAGUGGUACUACAGUUAGGACCACCAUGGUUGCUGGUUAUUGGUGUAUCGCGUAUCACGUGCAUAUGUAUAAUGUUUAUGUAAUAGGCCAUUUCCGAGUUCGCCCGAGCCUCUGUUUCAAAACGAGGGUAGGUGCUCAGCCUUUGAUCUGGAAAUCAUUCUCAUGCAGAUAAAACUCAUUUUCACAAGAGAGGUUGUGCACCUAGCCUCGUUUUGAAAGUGAGGGUUUUUGGAACUCGGAAGUGGCCUAUUUAACAAUACAGUGAUGCUAAUAUUUAUUUUAUUUAGUGAACAUAUUAGAAAGAUUUAGACUCGGCGUUACGUUUACGGCAAACGUGAAUCACGUGACCAAGUUUCCCUUAACUUGUGCUUUACUGCUCAUUUCUUCAGCCCCAAAAUUAGUAGCUUCACGUUAGUUUUGUCUUUAACUAUUGUUUUGGACUGCUUUCAGCUGCACGUUUUCUAAUUUGAGAAUUUCUCAACUUGAAUCCAACGUUUGCCGUUUGCCGUAUACGUCACUCUAAGUCUCUCUACUAUUAUUUAAAGAUCAUGCUGCCUUCUCAAUUCUUUCAACAGAUCCAUUUGCCCAUUGCGUUUAGAAAAGACGUGCGUUAUCCUCAUAGUAAAGCAGAGGGGACUAUUGGUUACUCACCUGAAGGAAUUGCCCAAACCUGGCAGGUACUAACAUAUAUCCCUUAAAUUCCAAGAGCGUAUUGGGAAAAAGUAGCGCAAUGCUUAAGUGUUGUCAAAGCAGUUGUUAUUGAGACUGUUUAUAGACUUGAAAUACUGAAGUUAAAUUAAAGACCUUCAUCGCAUCUCCAUUUAAUGUCCUAAUAUGAGUGGAAACUAAGCUCUUCAACCCAAGUCUACUACCAACACGUAGUUUUUCUAGACUCUUCCGUACAUUUUUCAUGGUUAGCGUUAAGAUGAAUUUGUUUAACAUUCAAGACCCUUAAUUGUUACUUGGGGAUCAAUUUAUUUAUUCUCAUGGCCUUGGCAUUUGGUUCAGCAGUGUCAUUUUAAGGAGAAAUUAGGUGUCGGUCAUUGUUAGUGGUAAAAAGUAAGACAACAAAGUUCUUACGUUUAGUACAACUCGAUAUUAUCUAAAAAUGGCCAAAACGGUUUCUAAACGGCUCCAAAAACGAACAGACAAGAAAUAAAGAAGAAAAAAAAACAAGGUGCAAUCUUUUUCUUGACCGGAUGAGUUUAAAACGUUCUUUGUUCAUUGCCAUACAUAAAAAGUACAAAGUUCAGAUUCUACCGAACCUAAAUAGAGAACUCUUGGCUGCCUGUGUACCUGCACGUUUGAUUGCGAUAAUAGUAAAGAGGUCUCAGUAGGUAGUUGUGAUUUUAAAAACCCUUUGUUGCAGGCCAUGGAGAAGCUUGUAGAACAAGGCCUUUGUAAAGCCAUUGGAAUUUCAAACUUCACUAUAAAGAAGACAAUUACCCUUCUAGAAACUGCCAAGAUAAUACCAGCUUGUAAUCAAGGUACGAAUCCAAAUGUCUUGAGCCACAAAACCAGUCCUCGCUACUACUUAUUCACUUCAUCAACGGUCCGAUUACCUAUUUACAGUGCACCAAAGUAUAGCACACAACCUAUUUGAUAUGUAAAGAAAAAGGUAAAGGCGCACACCAGCCAAAGGCCCAAACGGCCGGAGCUUAUACCGGUUUGCGUAGUACGAAGCAAGCGUAAGAGUAUUGCUACUUCCUCCUAGACGGGAUGCUAGUCCAUCGCAGGGGUUACCCCCCAGCAGUGUGUCGCCGGCGCCCAUUUAUACACCCGGGUGAAGAGACACAAAGUGGAGGAAAGUUCCUUGUCUAAGGAAACAACGCGACGGGCGAGGCUUGAACCCCGGACCUCCGAUAUGUGACCCUCCACUUUCGAAAUCGGCGCGGAGCUUUGCUCUAUUACAGAAAUCACGCCCACAUCACCGUAAGGUUCUUAGUGUUAUCGUGUUCGAGUGUUAAGGCGGUGGAGGGAGGGAGGCGAGAAAGUAGAUUUUAAAAAUACACUCUGUUUGCCCUCCAAAUUUUACAUAAACCAUUGUUUUCAAAUGCUCCUGGGAGCAUUUUCCCAAGAGCAGUUGAAGACAGUAGCAAAGGGUGCAUUCAAUUUGGAAAUCUAGAUUUAGAUUUUAAAAUGCGAAUUGCGGAUUUGCAAUCGAACGCGAAAUUCGAAAACGGAUUUCAACGCUGAGAUAUAUGUUUUUGGAUUUCCUUUUUACCGUUCGAUUGGGAAAUCCGGAACAGCGGUCAUGCACGCGCACGCAUAAUUAGCAAUAAGAAGACUGCUGUUCACGAGAAUAGUUUUGCAAAUCUAUUAUCGCAUUUCCCAAUUGAACGGUAAAAAGGAAAUCCAUGAAAUCCGGGUUCGGAUUUCUUAAUUGGAAUCCACAUUGAGAACGGAUUUGUCGGAGGUGAAAUCCGUUUUCGGACGCAACCAAAAUUUGGGGGGCAAACAGAGUGUAUUAUGGGGGAUUCGAAAAUAGUCAAUUGUGUGAACAUCGCCUAAGAGAGUCCCCACCCUCGGGAGUGGUAUGAUGGUGCCAUAACCGAAAGUGGGAGAUCAUGGUAACCUUUUGCUUUACUAACUGUCAAACUCGGAGGCAAAAACGGUGUAUUUUAAGGUCGGAGCUCAGGAGGUCUGAUUUAUUUUCUUUGCGGUUGUCGGAGGGUAAGAGUAGAUGCCAGCUGGGACCUCUGGCCAAUGCUAAGAGCACAGUCCCCAUAAUAGUUUGUACUUUCUACUGAAUCAUCGUUACUGUAUACUACGGCAAGUACCCCUCUUUCGUUAUUUCUGAUGUUCUGAUUUUUUUCUUUGGUUUCAUAUUCAACAGUGGAACUCCACCCAUACUUGCAUCAGCCAGAGCUGUUAGAGUUCAGUACCAGCAAAGGUGAGUUAAACUCAGUAAAAAGAUUGAACAUUAAUCAUUAAUAAGAUUAUUGAUCAGAUCACCAUAUACGGCUCUCGUAUCUCGUCCAAUAUUUGUCCUAUAAACAUCAAACUUGGUAUUAUAAAGGCUAGCUCAAGAUCGGUUGGCUGAUAUUGUUCACAAUCUACUCCGCACUUGGCUUAAGUAUUUUGCUAGUUAUCUUGAGCUAGUCGAAAACGCAAUGCUAACUGAUGCAUUUCCGUUUCAGAACAGAAUUUUCUCUACUAUAAAAACACAAAAUGUACCUUAGAUUUCCGGCUUAAAUCUUCAAGAAAAGUCGCUCACUCGGUUGUUCUUCUGAGCUCCCAGCCGCGAAGAAACACUUUCCUUCAAAACAGCAACUGAGUAUUUUUUUCAAAUUCAACUUUUCAUUCGUAUAUUUCAUCGGUGCAUUUAAAACCGCACCGGAGAGGAGUUUUUUUCAAUCUAAGCGUGUGGCAACGUGUAAAUGGUAGAUGGCUAUCUGACCAAUCGGAGCGCGUAAUUUACUUUUGUUAUGUUAUAAAGCAAAAUAUCAAGAUCCCGUUCUAUUAUUUGGCCUGGUGUCUCGUAUUGUGCAGCAACUUCGUCCCCAGGGCACUUUUCCCCGGCUUUGGAGGUGGGGCAAAGCUAGGGAAAAGCGCCCUGGGGACGAGGUUGGGACUGAUUAGGCGUACAAGCUACGCUUGACCUGGCUUGACUGUAAACUCCGCAAAUGGAAAAAAUUCCUAUAACACAGCGCCCAUUCAGAACCGAUGUUUUGAACGUUUUCAAGCCCGGGCGAAGGAACCUCUCGCCCGCCCGUGCUUGAAAACUUUCGUCGCGCCUUUUCUCCCGCCUUGACUGACUGCCCCUGGGUCUCCGAGGAUGAGAACAAUGCGGCGUGUAUUCGACGAUUAUGAAUGAAAAACCUGGUACACUUUAAUCUGCAUCAUCCAGACAUUGACUAUACUAUCUCGUAAGUGAUUUAUGAACUUCGUAUCGGAAACUCUAAAAAUGUUAUAAACAGUUGGGGGGUUUACAUGUAAUCCACUAAAUAUGGUGUAUACUUUUCAAAUGAAACAAAUAUUUCGGCUUGAACGCGAUGGGAACUGGGAAUGAUGGUUUUUAAUAAGAAGCAAAGGAGCAUGGGAAGCCAUGGGAAAGUCGCCAUCUUUGCUGAUGCGAGUUACACGUUACACAUGGGUCGUGACUAGAAUCGACUAGAAUGGAUACUCCAAAAUCAGGUAUCCGCUCGGAGACUGGAACUGAAUAAAAUUAUUUUUCGGCAAAUCGCUCCGACUCUUUACGACCUUGUUGUGUUCAAAGACUAAGACUAGUAUACAAAGACUGAAAAGGCUAAGAUGAGAAUGGUUACUCCAAAAUAUGGAUCAAAGCCUACAUAGGGGUUAGUUGUUUUUCACGUUCUUUUUGUAAGAAUUUAGUGCAAGGAGCAAACAAUGUCUGUUUGAUUACAGUACCACUACCGCGACUGCCGUGUAAAGCUUAUUCAUAGCAAAGUAUCUGUUCGGAUAGCUCAGAAUAAGGUGGAUACUUCAGAAUAAGAAUGGCCAAAAUAUGGAAGUUUUGGCCAUCUGGAUUACUAUUACUGAAAUUCCCAAUACAAACAUGAUUGUUACGUUUACAAAGAGGGUACAAAUACAGUUAAGGUCAGUUAAUCAUCUUGUAAUUUUAUGGGUUAGUUGAUUCCAAGUGUUAACAAUAGUGAAAAACACAUAAGGGACCUGUCAUUUCUUUGAGGCGGGGGAGGGCUGGUGCAAUUGGGGGGAGGGUCAUUAAAUUUUAUGUAGCCAAAAAGGGGAGGGUCACCAAAAAUUUAAGCUGGGCUUUGGGGAGGGCCAUACCAUUUUUAACAAACAUUGCUGUUCACUUAAAAUAAAAAUAAAUCAACAAAUAAAAUAUAUUAUUUAACAAACAAGUCCCUUGCACAGUAAGCAUUUUAAACUUUCAUAAUGAUCAACCUGAACUACCCAACAACCCUACAUGUACGUCUUUUUCUUGAUUUGUUUUUCAACAGCAACACACUGCGAAACAUGUCUUUGCAUUGAUCAAGUUUCUCAUUAAGAUAUUUCAAUUCACUUUUUAGUCUUUUUUUAGCUUCAUCAAACCUUGUAAUAACAGCUUCAUCAAACGAUUUAGAAUACUCUUCUCCUCGUUACCAGUUAAAUUACCAGUCUUUGAGUGAAACAGGGUGUUAAGGUGAGCUUUAAUGCAUUUAUCCAUAUCUAAUAAUUAAUGUUCUCUAGUAACUCACUAAGCUUCAUAAUGUUCACCCUCAGUAUUAACUAAUCAGCUGGGACAAGAACAUAAUCAGUCGUGUAAAAUUUUCCAGCAGCACCAGGAUUGUUUGUGCUCAAUAUUGCUUCAAUGCAUAAGGUGAUCUUAGAUACCUGUUCCUGAAUGUCGUAUUGGCACCUCCCUUCAUCACAAGGUAAAAGUUGAUCUCUUUUAAUAAUCCCUGUCAUAUCUUUUAGCGUGGGGAGGGUCAUAAGUAUUUUGGGCCAUACAAGGGGGAGGGUUACAUUUUUUUCUGCAGGAAAUUGGAGGAGGGAAUAAAAAAAAUUCACCUGGGAAAAAAGAAUUGCACCAUCCCUGCCCCCCCCUCUAAUAAAUGACAGGUCCCUAAUUUACUUCAGGUCAUACUUCUUGUACCUUGGUGAUCACUAUUACAAGCGCAGGCAGACAUAUGCUCAAGUUUCUAAAAAAAAAUGGUCCUGCAGAUUGUAUUAGUGUAGUGUCUCUGUAUAGCUCUGAUAAAGGACCUGGAGCCUACAGUGGCAGAUCGGAACCUUCAGAUAAGAAGAGGGGUGGGGCGGGGAGGAUUCUCACCAGACCUUGAGGUGGCGGGAAGGAACCACUCAUUCAGACCUUAAGGUACGGAGGAGCUCAAUCUAGAAAAGAAUUUUCUUGGCACUGUUGUCCUCAAUUUGAUCUAGAAUAUGGAGGGCAGGGGACCUCCCCUAGAUCUACUGCUGGCCUCUGCCAGCCCGCCCAUGUUCACCUGCUAUCUUUUUACAUUUACUAGAAACUCUAGUAUCAAUUCAAAUUAUUUAUCCUAAACAUUAGGAUUUUUGCAAAAUUAUUUAUAGUUGCUUUUUUGCACUUGUAUUUUGUUUUGUUUUUUUUUUCAAAUCCUAGGACCCUCAUUGUCACCAAAACUCUCUGCCUUCCAUACCCUAUUCCACACUGAACUUUCUGACAAUAGUCCUCAGCCAAGUGGUACCAUCAUGGUGUUGAAAAGUGUGGAAAUAGAUCCUGUUGAUCCUGGGAUGAAUUAUUUUUCUUUUUCUUCCCCCUUCCUCCACUCAAGGGGGGAGGGGGGGAAGGUGUUUUCCUUCCCCUCCCUGUGACCUAUUACCUAUUUCCUUGAUUGCCUUCUGAGCUCCUGAUGCGACAAGACCUUCAGCAUUAAGCUGGUUAUGGGCUAUUUUUUGUUUUUCACUCAGUAUGGUGAGCUUAUCAUAAAAUAAUUUAAAAUGGAAUAAAAAUGAUGAUGCAGGUAUAUCCAUGUUGCAGCUGUAACAGGAGGAUGAGUUGGAGAUCCGGAGGGUGUUGCAAUCAAAUGCUUGUGAGGAACAGAGAAACCAGUUGGAGAAAGAAAGGAAGAAAUGAAAGAAAAUUGGAGAAGGCUUCAAGAGAAAUAGCAAAUAAAAUGAAAAAAAAAAAAAGAAAACAGGAAAAAAAAAAUUUCAUUGAGGCCAAGCAGUUGGCUGCUCAGUUGCAUGUCUGGGUAGCUUGACCAUUUGGUUAAUAAAAUUCUCAAAACCACAAACAAAUCACUCUAAGAAUUUGAUAAAAUGUGUAAAAAAAACUGUUUAUUACUUUUAUAAAAAUAAGUUGUUUGUUUACAAUUCUACAACCAUUUUUUGAUUUCUUCCUUUUCCGAUAAUUCUUAUCUCUGUUUUACUUUCCUUUUACUCUUUCUCCACUUCCACAAUGUGCUUUUAUGUACCCUCUAUACCUGGGGUGGAAAGUCACCUGAAAAUUUGAAAUUAGCCAUACAUUAAAUAAAGCUUCCAUUAUAAUCAUUCUUUCAGGAAAUAAAGCUGCUACUUUGGCGGUAAUUCUAAAAAGCACUGUGUUCCACGAUACAGUGCCUUGAUUCAGCAAAGAAGCCUUGACCCUUCUGUUUUAAAAGUUAAAGAUUUUCUUUUGGUAGCAGAGAAAGGUCCCCAGUUUAGUGCAUAACAAAUAAUUAUCACCUACAAAGUUAUCUAUCAUCUAAAUUAAAAAGGAACAACCAAAUCAUUUCCUCGUGGUACCUGCCUAAUAUCAAAAUGAAUAACUAAAAUACUGAUAAAUAAAUAAUAAUUAUUGAAGUGGGGUAUAUCCAGGCCGUUUUAGCUUAACAAAACAAAAACACAAGGUAAGUCAUUCUCGUUUCUAUUUUUGUCAAAAAAUGGAAUUUAGGACAUAUUUUGUUUAUUGUCAUACGUUCUCUUAUAAAUUCAAAGUCCAACAAACUCCUUCAGAGUUUGGGCUACCUGUGGAUGGGGCAACAUGACAGGAUGGACAAUAAAGGGGCUGCAUUUUCAACACCUUCAAUGUGACUGGAAAUUACAAAGGUUCAGACAGUAGAUUCAGGAAUACAAAAUGACUAACUUGGAAUCACAUAGUUUACAUUUGCCAAAAGUAGCUAACAUUGGGCCUUUUGGUCAUAGAAAAGACUGUAAAAGGAUUUGGGUUCUGGUUGGCUAAUUGUGCCAGAUACCCAGCACACCAAAAGGUUGACCCUAGUAUCCCACAGGUUGUGAGGGUCACUUCGGUUUUUAUAAUCUCAUAAAGUACCCAUUCUUCUCACACUAAACUAAACAGCAACUUACCACUUAAAAGUGAAAAAAAAAUCAACCAUAAUAUAUAAGAAAACAGAAAUAGUUUAUGUUGAGCCAUAAAUUCAACAGUUGUCUGCUAUCCCUGGGGGUACUCCCUUAUAUAUAUGGCCUCCCUCCAUGGGGAUGUGCCGCUGGACAGGGUAUGGUUUUCAUCCUCUCUGUCCUGAACAGGGUAUAUAGUUUGGCACAAGUCUGUCCUAAACAGGGUAUACAAUUUCCUGCAAGUCUGUCCUAAACAGUGUGCAUGAUUUGUGCGAGUCUGUUCUAAUUAUAAACAGGGUGUUUCAUGCAUGAUCGAUUUCGUCUUAGUGCAAAUGUUUGCAGAUAUUUAGUACUUCAUCACCCAAAGCAUUUACUGGAAUAAAUAUAAAUGUUCUUGUUCUUGGCACCCUUGUCUAAAUAAGAUAAGUACAAGUUGACAGGUGUGCUUGAUAACCUUGUCCCCAUCUAAGGGAGUUGUCCUAUCUGGGUACUAAAGUUGAGGGUGUUAUCCUAAACAGGGUAUGGGUUUCAAACCCUCAGCGGCUCACCUACACCCAAAUAUUGGUCGAGUACCCCUCCCCCCCCCCCCCCCCUACACCGGGCUGCUAUCAUAUAAGCAAGCUUCAAAUUAACUGAGCCAUAAUUACACAAUGGUUGACUGUAUUUGUACCCUCUUUGUAAACGUAACAAUCAUUUUUAUAUUGGGAAGUUCAGUAAUAAUAAUCCAGAUGGCCAAAACUUCCAUAUUUUGGCCAUUCUUAUUCUGAAGUAUCCACCUUAUUCUGAGCUAUCCAAACAGAUACUUUGCUAUGAAUAAGCUUUACACGGCAGUCGCGGUAGUGGUACUGUAAUUAAACAGACAUUGUUUGCUCCUUGCACUAAAAAUAAAUUCUUACAAAGAACGUGAAAAACAACUAACCUCUAUGUAGGCUUUGAUCCAUAUUUUGGAGUAACCAUUCUCAUCUUAGCAUUCUUCAGUCUUUGUAUACUUAUCUCAAAAGUCGGAGCGAUUUGCCGAAAAAUAAUUAUAUUCAGUUCCAGUCUCCGAGCGGAUACCUGAUUUUGGAGUAUCCAUUCUAGUCACGACCGUUACACAUGUCACACAUGCAUGAUGAUGGCGUUGAGAGGUACGUGUAUUAGUUCUGAUUAGUUGUACGUUUUACGAACCGGAGAUAUAAGUGAAGUAAUUAAUAGAGUUUAGUGUGGAGAAAUCAGACAUUUAGCAAGCUUGCCAAGCUGUAUUACCAAUACCAGUUGCAAAGCAAAGCAUGAUAACAGUAAAGCGUCGGAAGCUAGCAGCGUGGUUGCCGGUUGACAUCGACUAAGUAGAGACCUUUAGAUUCGAGGACGAGAACGACUACGAGUACGAGAUUUGACUUGAAGUUUUUUCGCGUAUUCUCAAAAUAUAGACUUCCCGAAAAGCUUCAUUUUACCGUUUUUCACUAAAAAAGUUAGCACUGCUACCUUUAGUGAAGGAGGUUACGCGCUUUAGGGAACUUAAGAUAGAGACGUUUUCGUGGCGACGGCAACUUCAACCGGACGUGACAUCAUCAUUUGUUGAAUAUUGCGCAUGCUCGUGCUCACCACCUUGCCGUCGUGGUCCCGUCGGCGACGCGAAACUGGUCUGUUUGGCGUUGUGGCGAAAACGUGAGUAUUUAACUUUCAUUUCAAUCAGGUUUGUUGCGUUUAGCAACCAACAUUUUGCAGAUUAUCGUUCUUAAAUUGUCCUUGUUUUCUUUGAGGCACAUUUCAAGCACGAUUUCCAAGCUCUGUUAUCUAAACUUACAUCUUUGAAUGUUUCUAUGUUUUCAUGUCACAGGGUCAAGAUCCAACUUGGCAAACAGCCAACCGUGAGCUUGCCAUGGGACAAAAUUUUCCCACGAGCCAAAAAAAGGUAUCCAGACAAAAAAUAUGAACUCCGAUCUUUCGAUUGUGUGUUUUUAGUUCGCCCUUUUCGUUAGAAUAUCGUAUAAAUGAAACGCAUUGAAAAUUAUAUAGAAUAGUAGGUAAUCCCAUGUACUAACUCGGCGUGGGAAUACUGAAAUAAAGUUGUUGCCCUUGUUUGUUGUUGUUGCAUGCAAGUAUUUCCCGGGAAUUAUUUCAAUACCAAACUAAGAAUACGGUUCCUUGGUAGCAUUUUAAUGUUCCUGUAAUUUGCAAGGCUUCGGCAAGCCUGUGGAGAUCAUUUUUUUUCAACACGAAAUUCUGCCUUGAACUAAGCUGCAUCCCGCAUGUUUUUUAGCGUGAAGGGAUCGUAACUGUCCCAAAGAAAAUCGGGAUUUUUGGACUCGUAAUUUUCCCACAAAACGAGAAACUCUUCAUCCGAUACAUGUUGUCUGCAUAGCAAAUAUUUAUUCUCUUAAUUCUUUAUGUGAAGCCAUAUUUUCCCCUUCGGUAUUCUUCUAAUUAAAGGCGCCGUCCUUCUGAGUUCACUGCGAUCUUAAUCAGUCCGGAAUAUCCCUAAAUUUAAGGACAGGGCCAACUGGUCACGCGACACUUUUCAACCAAUGAGAGGGCGCGCUUGUGUUUAUCAACAAACAAAUCAAAACAUCGCCCCAGUGAUCAAAAAUUUUCAAAGCAACGGACGGAGUCGGACAGAAUUAAAGAUAAGCUUACAGUACUCGUCUAGAUUUUACAUUUAAUAUUUCAAAGAAAACAUUUCAUGUAAGAGAAUAAGAGCAUUAAUCAUUGCAAGGAACGAAUCAUUGGGGUGUUCCAACUGAUUCCGGACCGAUCGCGGAGGUCGUGGCUUCACUGGCAUGGCUUGCAAGAGUUUUGAUAGAAGCAAACUAGUCCCGUGAAAAAUAGCCUUAGAGAGAGCUUAAAAACUUUGUUGAGAUCGUACAAAACAGGAUUGGUACUACCUAUUAACUUCUACAGGACAAGAAUCAAAGAAUCAGUCAUCAUAACAAGAGUAGAAAGUAGUUCAAAUUUAUUAAUUUUUCUUGUUCGUGUUUUGUGUUGUUUCGUGUUGACUUCACGCAUCUGGUGCUUUCUUUGCUUGCUGUAGUACCUGCAAUGUUUUGAUUUUAUCCCAGAUAAUCAGUGCAUGUUCAAUGAGUAGCGAAAUACAUCAUUUACAAUUGAGAUUUGCCUUGUUUCUUUUAUCGUUUUUUAACGGUGGAUGAACAUUUGGAGAAUGCAACAACAUUAAAUCUUUCCAGAUUAGUGAAUUUCAGAAACAAAGCGGUUAGUAUCUACGUUGCGCUUAUGAUCUUCAAAUUUCAUCCCCGCAAAUUCGGCAAAGUGAGGCGAAAUGUUGGACGUUAAUAUCCAUAAGACUAUUAAAGUUGUUUAGGCCUUGAAAAGAAAAAAGGCAAAGGCUCGUACUAAUGCGAAAAAAAGUAAUAACACGGCUCUGUGAGAAACCCGGGAGUGGAAAACGUACGUGUUUUGGACCUCGGAAUUCAAAAAUUGUCUACCAGAAUUCUAGGUUGUCUACCAUCCCCACAUUCAACAUGAUAAAAGUUAAUCGAUAGGACAAUCGAGGAAAAAUAUCUAGAACUUCGUAAAAAAUCUGUGAAUCGAAAAAAUAAUAGACACUUGUUCACCUACCUUAAAAACCGACCAAACUCUCGCCUAGGCAUCGCGUUGUUUAAAGGAUAAAAGAAGAAAUAAGCCACAAAAUGUGCUGAAUAUUUCACGAGACACUUCCAAUAUGGCUUCCGAUAAGCUGUCCACCUAAAAUAAUUGUGUAUGCCUCGUGAAAAGUCUUUAAAAUAUGCCUGAGAGCCUCGAAACGAUGACUGAUUCUGUCUGCCUCCGUCCGUUGUUUUGAAAAUUUUUGAUCACUGGGGCGAUGUUUUGAUUUGUUUGUUGAUAAACACAAGCGCGCAUUCUCAUUGGUUGAAAAGUGUGGCGUGACCAGUUGGCCCUGUCCUUAAAUUUAGGGAUAUUCCGGACUGUUAAUGUUCUAUUUUUGACGGGGAGCGACGGCUGCCUUAGUUCCAGGCUUUCUCUGCCAGUCCGGUCGCCGUCGCCCCGAAAACGUCUCCAUCUUAAGUUCCCUAGUAGAAUGACGACGGCUACCGCGUUUUCCCGCCAAAAUGACGCUGGUUCACGCGCGUGCACUACUUAGUGUUGAGAAAAUCUCGUACUCGUAGUCGUACUCGUCUUAGAAUCUAAAGGUCUCUAAUAUAAGCCUGAGAACGACUUUCUGUAAAUACCACGGAUAGGUGUGCAAGAUGGAAAAGUCGAAAUCCUCCAAACUUUGUCACAACAAAGCCUUUUGGAAACUGUUUUAGAAAAGACUCAGUUCGUUUGACUUAAUAUUUCCCAAAGUAAUAAUUUUUUUUAAUUUUCACCUUCGAGAGGCCUUCAAACCACCGAAAAAUGUGCUUGAUACCCUCGCUUCGUGAAUGGAAACGGAAACUAAUACCAUGACUUUUCUUAUAUUAAACAAUUUUAUGAUCCUUCCUUUCUACCUAAACGUUGUUACAAUUUCAAAAGAUUUCAAUCUGAUUUUUUAAUAUUUUUUCAAAAUUACCCUCUAAAUCAGCAUUAUCGCGACCAUCAAUUUUGCCAUUUUUCAACGGCGAAAAUCCCUUCCUGGUACAUGGCUUUCAUUAGAAAUAUGGUAUUCCAGAGAAAGAGCAAUGCUUCCCCUAUCAAUCUGUGAAAUAAAAUUCUGGGGCAAUUGAAACUGCGAGCUUUUACAACUGAAAACAUUUACGGUACUCGCGUGAUUUACGACCUCUGAACUUGCAGUUGUGUUGAUCAAUACAUCGAAAUACAAGCGAGAACCUAGACAGCACUUGAAACUCUGGCGCAAAUUGGCCCCUUUUCCGCCAGUUUAAACACCAAAAACGAUUUUAGAUUUCACAGUGGUAAAUUUUCAAAAGGAAAAGCAAUUUUAUUGUACGAAAGUGUGCUAUGAACUUCUUGACUACAAUACUUCCCUUACGUGCGUAUUUGUUUACUUUUGCCGUACAUAUUUGUACAAAACGGCUUUAGUGUCGGUAGCUAUUCUUUCAAAUGCUCUGAUUGUUCAUGAACCAAAUCGUUAUAGCUAUUAAAAAAGGAAAACAUUUUGACCUACCUCACAUUAUUUGACAACAGACCCGAAUCCUUUACUGCCUUUAGCGAAACGAGAUUGCGUGACAAAGAACUUUGAGACCCAGGUAAUACCGCGAAAACAGAAACCAUUCCGAAAAAGACACUCACGCGGAGCCUUCUGUAACGAUAACAGCCAAACAUGUAAAUAAUCAAAAUCCUUAGUUUCACUGACUUAUCCGCUAGAGCGAUUAUGAAAACGUAAGACUAGAAAAAAAAAUUUUCACAAGAGACUGUGAAGUGCAUGGUGGGCCCUUAUAGUCUCUUACUUUCCAUAAACGCCUGCUUACACAUUUUGAGAUACGAUUAUGAAUUCGUUACUUGUAUCCUUAGAAGAAUGCCAUUGAGGGGGAAAAAGCGCGCUAAUUCGUAGUCUGAAAGGUCAUCCGUCCCUUCCCUCCACCCCCUAAGGGGCGGCAGCCCGUUUCGGGGUGGGGCGAAGAAACGCAGAACAUUUCAGACUAGACAGGUCGGGGCUAGAAAACCUGCAACUCUGGUGUUAAAAGCAAAGCUUUCUGUAGUUCUGGCAACCACGAGCAAGUUUUGCAUUUCUGAGCAACGUUAGGGGAAAAUAAAGGCUUAUGUCAAGCCAGAAAAAAGUGAGCAGUUUGAUAGAAAAUGUCAAGUACGACUGAACGGAGCCCGUAUAAGCGCCCCUAAUGACUCUGGCAGCGGGGGGGGGGGGGGGGGGAUUUUGAAAUGUCACGUAAAAAAAUAUUCAUGUGUCUAAAAACCCCCCCCCCAGCGGAAAUGCUAAAAUGCAAAAACUAAUAGCAAAACAUAUAUUCGAAUGCUUUGAAAAAAGGAAAGGGGAAGACGGCAAAAAGUAAAUACUCUAGGACUUAGUUAAUUAAUAACUUAUUAGCCAUAUAUGGUGAGAAAUUUUUUGUUGUUUGUAGUUUUAGUUAUUUGGAAAUAGUUGAUAUACUAUUUAUUGUAUAAGACUCCAAAUAAAGAAAACAUGCAUGUAUGUAAGGGGACCUAGCUCUAAGCAUACCGUCUGCGCUUUAGCUGUGAGUCUGCCUUGGAGAUAAAUUUCGCUUAUAUUUUUGAGCAACUCUUUCAAGAAGAUUGCAAGCCGUAUAGUUGCGUCCGUCUGGAACGCUGGAGCGGUGAAACCAAUGAUCGCGCCCCUCACGUCUUGAAGAAAAAAAAACCCGCGUUUUUUGAGAAAAAAAAAAGAAGGAAAGGCCGUUCGCACUAACUGAAAGCUAUUCUUUUUGGCAUUGCUAUUGAAAAUCUGAAAAGAAACAGUCUUACACACGUAACCCUCGGGGCGGUACCAGGUGAAUAUAUCACAUACCCCAUCGUUCCAGGUAUAUAACCUUUACUUAAGCGUAGGAUGUAAGAUACACUUGCGGAUACGCGUAAGCAUAAUGUGAGAGAUACCCAGGGGCAAAAAAAUAACAGUGGCGCUGCUGAUGUUGGCUCCCCUCAAAAAUGAAGCGUAUUAACGUGGGGUUGAAAAGUGAGAUAUUCGGAUAUCUUCGGAUAAUUGAUAGCUAGUUAUUUCCAGUCCACGGACUUUCUCCUAAAUUUUUCGAAAGUAUUUGUUCUCUUAGAAAAUCCAGAAUUUCGAGGUUUCUUGAUAGUUUUAUGCAUACGCUAAUUAUGAGAUUCCUUUUCUUCUUUCCUGACGAUAGGUUAAAUCGGUCAAGAAAAAACAGCUUUCAGUAAGUUGAAAUACGGUUUUGGAAGGCGCGAUCUUUGGUUUCACCGAAGAGCGUUCCUGAGGGGCCCAAAUAUACGGGCUUGCAAUCUCCUUUAAAAAGUUGCUCGAAACUGUAGGCAAAAUUUAUUGCCAAGGGAACGCACAACUAAUAAAAAGCAGGCGGUAUGCUUAGAGCUAGGUCCUCUUUGGUCAAUUUCAGAGUUUCCCCUCCCCACCCAGCCUCCCCCUCCCGCCGGAGUCAUUAGGGGCGCUUUUACGGGCGCGGUUCAGUCGUACUUGACAUUUUCUAUCAAACUGCUCACUUUUUCUGGCUUGACAUGUGCCAUAACCUAUAUUUUGGCAAAACGUUGCUCAGAAAUGCAAAACUUGUUCGAGUUUGCCAGAACUACAGAAAAUUUAAACACAAGAGGUGCUCUAAAGUUAUGCAGGUUUUCUAGCCCCGCCAUGUCUAGUCUGAAAUGUUAUGCGUGUCUUCGCCCCACCCCGAAACGGGCUGCCGACCCUUGGGGGUGGAGGGAAGGGACGGAUGACAUUAUAGACUACGACUUAGCGCUUUUUCCCCCUCAACAUCAUUUUUCUGAGAAUACAAGUAAGGAAUUCAUAAUCGUAUUUCAAAACGAGCGUGAUGAAAACAAGAGACUACAAUGGAGCCUCGAUUUAACGAAGGGCCAAGGGACUAAAAAAAUUUCUAAGCCACCCAACGACGGUUUCCUUCUAAAUUCAUUGAAAACACUUUUCAAUGGUGUACCCAGAGCACUUUUAGAUCUCUAGAAGUGCGUUCUAAACGGCUUUUAAAAUUUGUUCCUGUUCGGUCAUCCUAGGGGAACUUGCAUUGAGUAUUUUCGAAAUUACAAGGGCUUCAGUAUUAUUUUCCCAAAAAUUUUAGAUACAAUUUAACGUAUCACGAAAGUGAGAAUUUUUCUGAUUCCUCUCGCAAUCACAUGUUUGAAUCCGAACAUUUUAGGUUUCCUCUUUUCUACGAAAAAUUAGCCUAACCUGGGAUGUAAAAUGUGAAAAAUUAAACUUCAGAAAAUCGUAGGGAAUUUAUAAGAUAACCUUCGAAAAUUGAACAGGAAUGGAACGGUCAUCUCGAAAUUUUUAGGCGUCCUCAAGCUAUAGAAAAUUCUAGGCUAUAUCUACUUCUCCGAACAAAUAUUUUACAGAAAACAGUCGUUGAGUGCCCCUGAAAUUAAAUUUGCUCGCUAUAACGAGGUUUCGUUAUAUGGAGGUUUUUUUCAUACCGUAAAUCCUCUAUUAAGCCCCCCCCCCCCGAGGGGCUUAUUUAUUUCAAGCCCAUUUGAGGGGGAGGGGCUUAAUAGAGACGUGGGCUUAAUAUAUUUAAUUUGCAAACUACGAUGGUAUCGGUUCUCCAUCCCGGAUCUGUCCACACGAAGUUUUUCGGUCGUGAUUGACUAAUACUGUCUUUCAUUUAUUAGUGAAGAAUAAUAAGGGGUGGGAAGCGGGUGCUUGAUAGAGGGGGGGGGUAUUAACUUUCUUCCCCUGAAAAGGGGGGGGCUUAUUAGAGGGAGGGGCUUAUUUGACAGGGGGCUUUAAUAUAGGUUUUACGGUAUAUUUUACUAUUAUUGAGGUAAAGAAAAUCAUUCCUUGGUUUUUUUAUAUGGUGGUUCCACUGUAUAAGGGUCUACCACUAUAUAGUCUUUUGACGAAAAAAAUUUUUUUUAGCGUUACGUUUGUAGGGUCGCUCUGGCGGAUAAGUCAACGAAACUAAGGAUUUUGCUUAUUUACAUGUUUCGCUUUUAUAGCUACAGAAGGUGCCGCGUGAGUUUCUUUUUCGGAAUGGUAUCUGUCUCCGCGGUAUAACCUGGGUCUCAAAGUUCUUUGUCACGCAAUCUCGUUUCUCUAAAGGCAGUAAAGGAUUCGGGUCUGUUGUCAAAUAAUGUGAGGUAGGUCAAAAUGUUUUCCUUUUUUAAUAGCUAUAACGAUUUGGUUCAUGAACAAUCAGAGCAUUUGAAAGAAUAGCUACCGACACUAUUAGCCGUUUUGUACAUAUAUGUACGGCAAAAGUAAACAAAUACGCACGUAAGGGAAGUGUUGUAGUCAAGAAGUUCAUAGCACAUGCGGAAACAUGACGGCAGUUAGCGUUUCCGCAAGAGUAAACCUGACAGAAACGCGAGUAUAAGGGAUUCGUUUAAGCGUAUCCGCAGAAACUGAAACAUGACGUAUACACCUGUUUCCCGCAACGGUUAGUUACAAUUCCGUCUGCGGAUAUUCAGGCUUCCGUGAGGUAACUGUUACAAAAACACCUUUUUUCAACCUGUGACAAUUUCGCACCAUAAAAUUGCUUUUCCUUUUUGAAAAUUUACCACUGUGAAAUCUAAAAUCGUUUUUGGUGUUUAAACUGGCGGAAAAGGGGCCAAUUUGCGCCAGAGUUUCAAGUGCUGUCUAGGUUCUCGGUUGUAUUCAUCAACACAACUGCAAGUUCAGAGGUCGUAAAUCACGCGAGUACCGUAAAUGUUUUCAGUUGUAAAAACUCGCAGUUUCAAUUGCCCCAGAAUUUUAUUUCACAGAUUGAUAGGGGAAGCAUUGCUUUUUCUCUGGAAUACCAUAUUUCUAAUGAAAGCCAUGUACCAGGAAGGCAUUUUUGCCGUUGAAAAAUGGCAAAAUUGAUGGUCCCGAUAAUGUUGAUAUAGAGGGUAAUUUUGAAAAAAUCAGAUUUAAAUCUUUUAAAAUUGUAACAACGUUUAGGUAGAAAGGAAGGAUCGUAAAAUUGUUUAAUAUAAGAAAAGUCAUGGUAUUAGUUUCCGUUUCCAUUCACGAAGCGAGGGUAUCAAGCACAUUUUUCGAUGGUUUCAAGGCCUCUCGAAGGUGAAAAUUAAAAAAAUAUAUUAUUUUGGAAAAUAUUAAGUCAAGCGAAAUGAGUCUUGUAUUUUCUAAAAUAGUUUCCAAAGGGCUUUGUUGCGACAAAGUUUUGGGGAUUUCGAUUUUUCCAUCUUGCACACCUAUCCGUGGUAGUUACAGAAAGUCGCUCUUAAUUUACAGGGCCGGGGUAGGGGAUUUCCCCCGGCUACUUUCAACGUGGCCCCUGGCUACUUUCAUAGGAAAGUAGAAGAGAAAUAGAACCAAAAGAAAUCCGUAUCUGUUUUAUUUCCUUCCUACUUGUUGUAUUUACCAAGCAACUUGAAAUCUUAGUGAAAGUACGUGAAAGAAGACAUACUGGUGAGAAGCCAUUUAAGAGCAAGCAUUGUGACAAGGUCUUUAGCCAAGCAGGAAAUCUAAAAGUACAUGAAAUAACACAGUGGUGAGAAAAUGUUUAAUUGCAAGCAUAGUAGGAAGGCGUUUAGACGUGCAGAAAGUCUAAAAGCACAUGAAAGAAUACACACUGAUGAGAAGCCAUUUAAGUGCAAGCAAUGUAACGAGGCCUUUAGCCGAGCAGGAGUUCUGAAAGAACAUGAAAGAAUACACACUGGUGAGAAGCCAUUUAAGUGCAAGCAAUGUAACAAGGCCUUUAGCCGAGCAGGAAGUCUGAAAGCACAUGAAAGAAUACACACUGGUGAGAAGCCAUUUAAGUGCAAGCAAUGUAACAAGGCCUUUAGCCAUGCAGGACAUCUAAAGGUACAUGAAAGAAUACACACUGGUGAGAAGCCAUUUAAGUGCAAGCAAUGUAACAAGGCCUUUAGCCGAGCAGGAAUUCUGAAAGAACAUGAAAGAAUACACACUGGUGAGAAGCCAUUUCAGUGCAGGCAUUGUGACAAGGUGUUUAGCCAAGCAGGAAAUCUAAAAGCACAUGAAAGAAUACACACUGGUGAGAAGCCAUUUAAGUGCAAGCAAUGUAACAAGGCCUUUAGCCAAGCAGGAACUCUAAAAGCACAUGAAAGAAUACACACUGGGAAGAAGCCAUUUAAGUGCAAGCAAUGUAACAAGGCCUUUAGCCGAGCAGGAAUUCUGAAACGACAUGAAAGAGUACACACUGGUGAGAAGCCAUUUCAGUGUAGGCAUUGUGACAAGGUCUUUAGCCAAGCAGGAAAUCUAAAUGUACAUGAAAGAACACACAGUGGAAAGAAAAUGUUUAAUUGCAAGCAUUGUAAGAAGGCGUUUAGCCGUGCAGAAAGUCUAAAAGGACAUGAAAGAAUACACACUGGUGAGAAGCCAUUUAACUGCAAGCAAUGUAACAAGGCCUUUAGCCGAGCAGGAAGUCUGAAACGACAUAAAAGAAUACACACUGGUGAGAAACCAUUUCAGUGCAAGCAUUGUAAGAAGGCGUUUAGCCAUGCAGAAAGUCUAAAAGUACAUGAAAGAAUACACACUGGUGAGAAGCUAUUUCAGUGUAGGCAUUGUGACAAGGUCUUUAGCCAAGCAGGAAAUCUAAAAGUACAUGAAAGAACACACAGUGGUGAGAAACCAUUUCAGUGCAAGCAUUGUGACAAGGCGUUUAGCUGGCCACGAUAUGUGAAGCAACAUGAACGAAUACACACGGGUGAGAAACCUUUCAAGUGCAAGCAGUGUAACAAGGCCUUUCGUUGGAGCACGUCUCUUAAAGCACACGAAGAAAGUCACCGUUGUUGGAUUUGUCUUAGGCUGAUUAAGACCAAGCCCCUGCUUCUUCAACAUUAUGAUGACCAUAUGUUACUGGACCUAACGUCGUAAAUUUAAUCAACGUAUUCAACAUUUGUGACUUAACUUUGUAUAAUGAUUUAUUAAGGGGCCGACCAUUUAACUCUUGAGGGUGGGGGUGGGUGAUUUCUGGUCAUCAAGAAUUUUUUUUCCUAGCAAUCUGGUUGGCAGGAUAUUUUUUUCCCUUUUUUUCCCAUAUGCUCUCUAUUACAUUUGUGCUUCAUGCGAUUUUUUUCUUCUGACAAGCGGCCCCUAAUAUUUCCUUGUAAAUUUAAGCUAUUUAACAAAAAGUUAAAUUAAUUUAGAUCUGGGUAAUUUCCCUGGUUUCUUAAAAGAAUUUUCCUAAUUGUUUUAAGUGUUAAUGUUCUUUUCAGUUGAUAGCAUGUUAGAACCAACUCCCAACAGUAAAGAUGGGGUAUCAAAAACGUAGUUGCUUCGUUUCCACUAACGCGAAAAUUUAAUUAAAAUGUUAUUAGAAGGCUAUUGUUCAAGGCUUGUAGAAAGUGGAGUGUAAAAAAGGUUCCACGCAAAACACUAUCUGAGUUUUGUUAAAAGUGGGAAGUUUUGUCAAGCAGGAGUCGAACCAGGAUUUCUUUUAAGAAAAGUUCAAAAGUUAUGCUUUUUGUAGCGAAUCAUUUGCACCGUUUACCCCCACUGCAAGUUAAUUUCUUGUAAGCGCGAGACCCUUGUAUGGUCGUAGUUUCAGUUUUAGUUUCUGGUUUGAUUGGUGCAUUUAAUGGUGGGAGACUCCUCCUCCUCCUCCUUUUCUGUAAGUAGACAAGGAAAGAGUUUCUUAACAUUUACAGGCUAGUGUCAAUUUUUGUGGUUUCGAUCAUCUGCAAAAAAUUUCAGUUUCAGUUGCUUGUUCGAUUGAUGCUUUUAGGGUUUGAAGACCCUCAGGAACCUCCUGCUUUGUUUUCGUUGAAAAAGGUACCAAGACAGUCAUUAUGGUAUCAAUCAUUUGCAAAAUGUUUACAUUUGGAACCUUCUUGUUUUCGGCUCAUAUAGUUUGUGGCCGAAGCACAGCGAAGCAAAACAAACAGAAAUUGCGGGUCUAGAUCUCUUGUACGGGAGACUAAUGGUUUGAAGAUAUACUGCGUUGUGUGUAAUAACGUUCUCUGCUGACGAGUGGCCUUUAAAGGAAAUUUGAAUGUGUAACAAAAUGAUUUUAGCGAUGAGGCGUCACGGAAGUGAGAGUUAUUCGUUACUCGCAAAGCAGCUAUUUGUGUGGCCUUAUCCUUACAAUAAGUUGAGUUUUUUGUCAUGCAUUUCCUAUUAACCGUUAUAGUGUUGAGGCAGUUCUUUUUAUCAGUCAUUUUCCCAGUAAUCACAUCAUUAUAGAUGAUUCUGAUCGCUGGCUGGCGUCAUUACAUCAGUGGUUACUGAAAUUUUGAGGCGGCAUUGUUGUUAAUAUUUUUUUUUUAGAUUUAGGAGCGGUGUUAGGUUUGGAACUUUGACGCUUGAAGUUUUUAUUUGUACCCUUAUCUUGUAGACGUGCAGCUUUCGUGACGAAGAAAAAUAUUUUUUGGUUCCGUUUUUAAGUCUCUUUUAGCUUAUGUUUAUUGUUGUGUUCAUUUUGUGCAAAAAUGGAAAAUACAGUGUUUGGUUUGAAGUAAAAUGCUCUCUAGACUAUUAUGUUCUACAUAUUAAACAGCGUAGAAAGUGUUAAUAUUUUCACCACGAGUGUGCAUCGGAAAUGCGCAAUCUCACAAUUUUUUAUCGUCAAAGCCUUGCUUAUUUUCCUGCCCCUGGUUUUCCAAACGUUUGCCAGUGCUUUCUACCAGACAAAUCACUAUCCAACGGAUAAAUAUUCGGGGAAACAAUUACGUUAUCCACUAGAGAGAUCUUUUUCCAGAGGAUAGCGCUUGAACGCUAGGGCCUAAAGUGAUCAUUGAAUUCAUUAAAUUAAUCCCACAACCUUGGGCGUUGUUUCUACAGUACUAGGAGUCUUUAGGAUAUAUUAUUGAUUAGAACCCCAUCCAGUUCCUGACCCCGCCGAAAAAGGGUUACUUAACUUAAGUGGCAUACGAGACAGUUGAAGUUUUGCAAGAUAAGGACCUCGAGUAUUAGGCUCAAUUUCCGCGGCUCUCUCGGUCCUCCCCGAGAAGAGACGGCUAGACGCUUGAGUGGCCUAUCGUGUGUGUGACGUAAAUUCAAAAUUUUAAUUUAUGCGUCGUUACCAAGCAUCGGAAAUGGGAAAUGUCAUUAAAUACCGACCAAAUGUUGUACUUAGCCUCGUCAUCGCAUUUGUAUUUGCCAUAAAAAUCAGCAGAAACACGUGCGGAUUGUAUUUGCAUCGAUCUUGCAUCACCGAUGGACUUCACAGUCGUCUCUUUGACGUUAGCUGUCAACAACCAUGGUUGCGGUUGGUUGAACUUGAAAAUCAUACCUACCAUUUGCCAGUUUCUCUAAGCUAAUACUUUUCUUUGGAAAUAUUUUAAGUUUUUAAGCUUUAAACGCCCUAACGCACGAUUGCACACCACAUCAAUCCGCUGUUUUAAAUCUGCUCCAGGAAAACAAACUUACGCUGCCUGCUCGAUUUGAUCUGGUGAAGAUCUGAUUGGUGGAAAUUGACAAUAGCAAACUCAUGCGUCCGGCUGCUGGUCGGGAAGAAGCGUGGGCUUAUUUCACGAACAGCGGCUGGUAAUCUAGCCUCCCACGCAGGCGUUUUUAGGGGAGCUCGUUUUUCAUCCCUCCCCACAAACGCCUGCUCAAGCGAAGACAAUAUUCCUUUCCCAACCUUAGCCAAUCACAUUGUACUUUCCAAAUUCUGGAAAGUUGACCUUGACCGCAAGGUAAUCUCGACUGAUAAUUACUCAAUCUGCAUUAAACACUGGGAAAGCUUUCUGGCCUCUAAUAAAUGUUAGAUUCAGAGCGGCAAAAAUAAGGUUUAGUCAAAAUUUAGAAUACUCCAUGCACUGCAUAACUUUAGCGAAGGAAAGAAAAGAAGGAAAACGGUAACUCUAGGGUCACGUUCAGUCGUGUUUAGCCUGUCAACACUUUAUUGCACAACUGUUGAUUGGUCACGUACCACGCAAAUAAAACAAUGGGAAAGGAAUGUUGUUUUCGGUUGAGCAGGCGUUUGUGGGGAGGGAUGAAAAACGAGCUCCUCUAAAAACGCCUGCGUGGGAGGCUACUGGUAAUCUAGCCUACUCCCGUAUACGACGUGGAGAAACUCCAUACUGAUGACGUCACGCCACCUAGAUACUACUGGUCAUGAAGCGUGGGAAAUUUGCUUGAACCAUGCAAAGAGAUGCACUACUUAGGUCUGGGUACUGAUACGUCGUCUGGGGUCUUUCCUUAAACGUCUUUUCGCAGGGAAGCCAGUGGUGGCGUCAUGAAAUGUCGCGUUUUCUCAGUCUAGAAUCAGUCUGUCUCAGUAUGCUGGAGAGCAAUGGAAGUACUGGGACAACAAAAACAAAGAAAUGAUAUCAUUUAAACUUGCAAUUUUCUUUGUUUUUGUUGUCCCAGUACAUCUCUUGUUCUCCAGUAUGGCAAUUUUGUACCACCUGAACCGCUAGCUGUAAGCAGCCUGUUCAUGGGACAAAUUUCAGCUAAAAUCUGCUGUUGUGAGGCUUUUUCAAGUCGAAUGUGGCCAAAGGCGAUUUACGACAACCAGAAAUUACAGGAAUCACGAAAUUCAAUAUUGCAUCGCUUUCCCAGGCCUUUUGUCCAGGAUUGUAGGUUCUCAACACCCCGCGAGCAGAGCCUCAUUGGCUGAGGAGGAGAAAAGGAAGCUCUGCCUGAAUGAGGUUUGAGGUCGCCGCAGCCCCAACUUCUGGACUAAACAAUCUUCAUUCUUGUUUUGUCUCGUCAAACUAGUUUUUUUCGAGUGUGAGCUUCCAUUUAUCAUAACCGAGCCGGCUGAAGCAAGCGCACGACUAAAGGCCUGGGUUAGAAACUAUAUCUCAGCAACGUGCCGCGCAUGCUCAACAAAGCUCUUCCUCGAUUCAUGCAGAAUCUUUCACAAGUACGCCAAAAUCGAGCAAAUUAAACGAAGAUUCGACAGUAAUAUUUAUUUUUAUUUGUGGCUCAAAUCUCGAUAAUCCUUGAGUAGGCCUUCAAGGAACAACAGAGAACUAAGCGAGCGAAAAUUGUUCCUGUCGUAUAAUAUUCGUACUGCAUACCUAUUGUCCCGACACGGGGAACUAAGUUAUGGGAGGAAACAGCGACUGCCAGGACAAGAGUAGAGUAGUGAGAGUAUGCGAGAUGCACUUCAACUAACUCCAUUGAACUGGCCAAGAGGCGGGCAGAAAUCGGGCGAUUCUAACCAAGGGCAGCAAUGCAUUAUCUCACCAGCGCGCAGGCCCAACACGACGGAAAUUUAAGGAGUUACUCAUUUCCCACGUCACGGACCAAUUGUGUAUGCAGUGAGAAUAUUAUAUUGAGUUGCACUGGGAGUAACAAUGAACCAUCAGCGACUCGUAUUAACUCUAUGUGAUAGUAUGUGUGAUCUAUUUCAAAUUUACACAUUAUUCCUCAUACCUCGAACAGCUUGAGGAAGACUGACUUAUCAUUGAGGAUUAUAUUUGAAUUAUAGUUGUUUUGUGGCGCGGUGGUUUCUCUCCUUUCGUGGCGCAGCGUCCGACCUGGAGAAACCACUGCUCGCAGGGUACUCAAUUGUCUGAUAUUUAAUAAAGGUUUUUUUUGAGGAACGAAGAAAAGCUCCAAAUUGAUUGUACUCGGAAAUUGCCCUUAAAUUCAAAAUAAAACGAAGCAAAAACUGUACAGUAACACAUUAAUGUUUCCAUUUGCCAAAGAAAUACAGUUGUGGGCACCUCUCUAUUACGGAGAGUUCGUUUGGUCUCAGAAAUACCAAAAAUCAUACAUUCCCUACCUCUAUAAUACGGACACCUCUGUAAAGCGGACACUUGGUUCUGUCCCUUUGGUGUCCGUAUUAAAGAGGUUUGACUGUAUUACGUGUGCCGAUGUGCCAAAUGAUUGUAGUCAGAAGGUUUCACAGUAUUUUGCUAAUUUGCGCAGUUCAGUAUUCACUUUUGGCUUUGAUUUCCUCUGUACAUGUAGACAAAGUACUUGCAUGGUUGAGUUUUAGAAAGAUCUACGUCCUCAAAACGAGUUUCAGUAAAAACUUGCCACAAAUUAACGACAAAAAUUACCCUUCCAACUAUAAGCUAGCCCAAUGGAUUUUGCGACACACAUUUCCCUCCCAGUAUAAAUGUAGGCGAUUUUGAAACGUAAAUUUCGCUCUACCAAAAAUAAGCCCCGCAAAAAUGGCCUUUGAAAAAGAUAAGCCCUGGGAAUUAUUUUCGAAAUUUUACGGUAUUUUCCAAAAUGUAAAAUACGUUUAUCGCAAAACCUAGCGUAGGUGUAAAAGGCCAACAGUAUGAAUUAAGAGAAAUAAGCCAAUAGCAAAAAAAUAUACUGUGAAACAAAAUCAAACAAUGUAUUUAAAUAGGUGGUUUGAUUGGGUUUCUUUAAUAUAUAGUUGUAGCCUCCAAACCUCUGUUUGAAACUAAACCAUCGAAGCGCGGUACGAAAUUCGGAUUUAUUUUAUUAGCUUUGCCAACAUAACAUAAAUACAAAUACAAAUACAUAAGGGUAAUCAAACAAAAUAAAAGAAAAAGUGUCGAGGAUUCCGCAACAGCGUGAGCCAAUUACUGCGGGCCCAGAUAAUUAAAAUAAUAGAAUAUUUAAAAUACAGUGAAACCUCUAUUAAGCGGACACCUUCGGGACCUUCCCAAGUGUCCGCUUAAUAGUGUUUGUAAAAAUUGCGCAAUUUUUUUAACGAUCACUAUUCAACUGUUACUCUUAUAUCUACCAUUGUGUCUUUAAAAUCAGGGGUAACCAGACAAUGACCACAAGCACAUAACGUUUUUCAAACGCCACCUUAUUCGUAUUUUAUUUAUACGAUCGAUGACAGCGGGGUUGUCUCAAUAGAUCUCUUUCUUAUGCAUUAUUCAUCACACGAGAUGUCCCACGAGGCUCUAUUUUGGGUCCCGUCCUUUUCUCGUUGUACAUUAAUGAUCUUCCACUUGGUAUAUCAGAAAGCUUGCAAUGUAGACAUUUGUGCUGAUGACACUACAUUAUGGAAGACUGGUACUGAUCCUACAAGUAUCAAGCAUGGCCUUCAAAGUAGUCUCAUUAAAGCAGAUCACUCAUGAUCACUGGUUCUCCCGCCGAAACAAGAUUAUGCCAAAUGCAAAGAAAACAAAAUAGUUACUUCUUGAAACGAAGCAAAAGAUUUCUCAUUGUGCAAAUCUGGUCCUGAAUCUUUUCUUAUUUUUUUUGCGAGGAACCAAAAUUAAACAAGCUGUCAAUGAAAAGAUUCUUGGCGUGAUUCCAGACAAGCAUCUUGACUGGACUACUCAGACAUAUUAAUUAUACAGAUUAUAUGAUCACCAAAUUAAAAUACGCCUAGGAAAUUAUUAUACAAUGCUUUGAUUAAGUAUAUAUUAGAAUAUUGCCUCUCUGUGUUGGGAAACACUACGAAUAAUAAUUCAAUUAAGCUCCUCAGGAUUCAAAAGCGUUGUGCAAGACCAAUUUUGGACACAAACAUUUAUGCCAGCUCAGUUAAACUUUGUUACAAGCAGCUGGGCUAGAUCCCCAUUGAUGAUAUCACAGUCUUGAGGAAACUUUGUAUUAUGUUCAAUAUCAUUAAUGGUAAAUGUCCUGAUUAUUUCGAUCAUUAUAUUUGCUACGUCAAUACCAGGCAUAAUUAUGAAACUAGAGCGUCAACUAAUGCAGAACUAUCCGUCCCUUUUUUGAUACCAAGACUGGUCAACGUACAUUUCUUGAAAGUGGCCCCAGACUUGGGAAUGAUCUAGCUAGAAAUAUUAGGGGUCUAAGUACCAUGGCUAAAUUUUAAAAUUAAUUACAUAAACAAUUUUCAGACUGUAAUUUUGAAAAUGACCAUUUUAUUAUUAGCAGAAGUUUUUAACGUUUAAUGUUUUUAAAAUUCCAAUCUUAUUAAAGUGCUAACCCUUCAAUUUGUUUUCUUUUGGUAGAUUUCCAUAUCUUUCAAGAACUCAUUUUCGAAAAUAAUUUUCGGAAAUAUUGAAUCCUUUUUUUUUUCUUUUACGACCGCUAAAAGUGAAGGCAGUCUUGUCGAUAUCUUCACCUUUCGUUCGCAUUAGUCCCCCACUGGGCCAAAUGUGUCAAAAUAUGGAGCGUGACGUAAGAAAAGGACAUCGUGCGAAAAUAUGCGAAGAUUCGCGGUAAUGCUUUAUUGAUAAACAGAGAAAAUGGUUGAAAAAUGUGUGGUUUUUGGAUGAAGAGGACAUAUUUUCAUACCAGUUGUAAGCUUAACAAAUAAUCUUCGAUCGUACUAUACUUUCAAUGCUUCGUGCUUUGGAAUGGUGUCCUUUUCUUACGUCACAGCUAAAAAAGUGUCAAAUAUCGGACGCUUCUCAUUGGCUCGUUCCUAAUGAGCCCACGAGACAAAAAUCUGUCCAGCGGGGCUUAUAGCGCGAAAAAAUUUAAAACUUUCAGUAACUUUUAGCGCUCGUAAAAAAAAGGAUUCAAUAUUUCUGAAAAUGAUUUUCGAAAAUGAGUUCUUGAAAGGUGUGGAAAUCUACCAAAAGAAAGCAAAUUGAAGGGUUAGGGGCACUUUAAGUUUUUUAUCGAUCUGAUAUAUUUAUAGUCUUUAUAAGUUUGCAAUGAACCUGCAAUUCAGUCAUCUGAGGUGCAGUAAACUAGUGAUACUUGAUUUUUUAGUAGCUAGUUGAAAGUCAAUUUAAUUUGCUCAAGAUAGAUUUACCAGCUAACUUUUCUUUGUUUUAUUUCAGGCAUUGUAGUGACUGCUUAUUCUCCGCUUGGAUCUCCUGAUAGACCGUUUGUCGACAAAGACGCGCCUGUUGUAUUAGAUAAUCCUCUGUUGCAGAAAAUCGCUGAUAAACAGAAAACUACGAUCGCUUUGGUGAGCUGUACAGUAUUUAUAUCUUUUAUGGACUGCUCUCAGCCCUCUAUUCGGUUCUCAAAUUUUUAUUCUGUGAGCACGCUAACUGACGCGAGUGUUAAAAUGGAGCGCGAUCAACUGAGACGUGCAAAAUGUGACUUAUUAGGGACUUUUACGAUCCGACGACGCGAUAUCAGACGUUCUUCCAGUCUUUAUCGCGAUUAUUCCUACCCAUUUACUUCAUCAAAAGUAGGCGACCCCCCACCCCCACCCCCACCCCUAGAGUUGAGUCGUAGGAUCCCUAUCCAAGUUCAGAAAGAGAAAUAAAAUUUCGUCGUCUCUUGUUCACGUCCUCCAUUUGAUGUAAAAUUAGGCAAUUUCAGAUCGCAGUCGUUCAAAAACGGCAAAGAAAUGUACGAAAAAGUGUGAUGCACGUGCAAAGUUGAUUAUUCCGAUGUUCUCGUUUUCAUCGCGUCGUCGGAUCGUAAAGUCCCUACUUACUGUAAGAACACCCAAGUUGUUCUUGGUGUGUAUCACCCCCUACACCCGGAACAAGAUCGCUUGAAACAAAUGCCCUGCCUCGAUCCAUAAAGCUAAGGCUGAACUUGUCCCGGGAAUUGCCGCGGUUACGGUGGUAACAAGUAAAAUUGAAUAAGGUGUAAUUGGUUUUUCAUCAUGCAGGUCGCUCUGGCGUGGGGUAUUAAGCGUGGAACUCCAGUCCUUCCAAAAGCUGUCUCUGAGAAUCACAUCAAAGAGAACCUAGAAGCACUUAAUGUGAAACUAGAUGAUGAUGACAUGAAGGCCAUCGAAAACAUCGGGAUACGUCACCGGUAUUUUACCAUGAGGUGGAUGUACAAACCCGAGGAGGUUCCUGACAAUUACUGGGAUGGCGAGGAGUGA